AUGAGACAGUUCUUGCCGGGAGUGUCUGAGGAAACGGUGGUUGCUACUUCGGCCACACGCAACCAGGACUUAACAUCCUCAUCUAACCCUUUGCUGUUCAACAAGACCACUGCAGGAGGUGACCUCUGAUCUUGGUUUCAGCAAUCUACAGGACAGAAAUGUUCUCCACCCCAAGAGCUGUGGGGAAAGUAUAAUAUGUCCAUAUCAUAGUAGAAAGGGGUUUCGGCUUUUGCUCUCAAACUUUUUAUUUGGGAAAGGUUUUGUUUUUUUUGUUUUUUUUUGUAUAAACUUUCUGUAUUAUUACAGAACAAGCCUUACCAUCCUAAUACUUAAUCAGAGCACAUCAGUAGCCUCACAGUAAUAAAAUCAAACCCAUCUAGAUGUAUACUCAUUCCUUUAAAACAGAACUACAGUUCUGAGCAUGCUUACUCGCAAGUCAGUUCCACUGAAACUAGUGGGACAUGCUUCCAUGUAAAUGUAGAUUGAAUUGGGCUGUAAUCCUAAUUACUAGGAAGCCUAGGGCUUGCCGAUCAGAAGGUCGGCGGUUCGAAUCCCCGCAAUGGGGUGAGCUCCCAUUGUUCGGUCCCACCUCCUGCCAACCUAGCAGUUUGAAAGCACAUCAAAGUACAAGUAGAUAAAUAGGUACCGCUCCAGCGGGAAGGUAAACGGCGUUUCCGUGCGCUGUUCUGAUUCGCCAGAAGCGACUUAGUCAUGCUGGCCACAUGACGCCGUAUACCAGCUCCCUCAGCCAGUAAAGCGAGAUGAGUGCCGCAACCCCAGAGUCGUCUGCGACUGGACCUAACGGUCAGGGGUCCCUUUACCUUUAGGUUCCACUGAAUUCAGAGGAGAAAUGGGAUCAAUAGGACCUUACAGCUGUUAAAUUCUUUUCUGGGUGUCUAACAAUCCUUGUGUGGUUUUCUGUGCAAAAAAAGGAUGCCUUUUAAAAUACGUUACUUCUUCUAAAGUAGCUUGGCAACUGAAGAAUUAUCAAGACACUCUGUUGGUUCACUACCCUUUUACAUUACAUUCAUAGCAUUAUAAAGUUAAUUGAACUUCCUAGUAUUAUAAAGUUUAAAUCAUGGUGACAGCCAUUCAGCAAAGAAACGGAAGGUUUUCGUACAGUGUGAAGACUACAAAUAAGUGGUUAGAUUCUACAGCCAAAUGUCGUACCUAGGCUUACAGAGACGCCACAGUGAUGCGUUAUAAAUGUCAAAAAUGUUAAGGGCAAGAGAAAUUGGAAAAGACUAGUAAGACUCUGUGGAAAGGCUUUAUUGUAUUAAAAUAAAUAAACUAAGUUUACCAAAAAAAAGCAUUUGAAUCUUCAGUUUUAAAAAAAUUAACAUUGAGUAUGGAUUGUUUUUACACAAGCAUGGAUUCUACAAAAAAAGCCUGAAAAUACAUUACAUGAGGCCACAUGUAAGGGAACAAUGGGCAAAUCUCCAUCCUGGCAAUUACAGGAAGAGAGGCAAUCUGGCAACUCCACACACAUCAUUCUAAGAUCCUGUGAGAAAAGCUGGAAACUGGGAAAGCCAAAACCCCUCAGAUGUGAUUGCCCUCACUUAAGUUUUUCUGUGCCCAGACUGGCAUACUUUUAAUAAUGGGUAAGGGAGAUUAGCAGACUUGGAUGUUCUGCGCAAGACACCAUUUCAGAGCAUAGCUUGUUGUGAGGAUAAAAGGCUGCUCUGAGCUUCACAGAGGAAGGGAUUAUACAAGUAGAAAGUUACAAAAACUCAACACUUUCUAAACUGAACCCUUGCAGUAGGCAAUGGGUCCAAAUACUUCGUUUUAGGAGUGUGCUAGCAUAGGGCACCCCAUUGCCCAAUCCUUGGAACAGCUGCUCCAAUUAAGGCAGGGGUUGCUGUGGCCCUGCGGUUGUUGGGGCUGUAACUCCUAUCACCCCUGACAAAAGAUUAUGCUGUCUCAGUUGGAAUCCAGCCGGUUCUGGAUUGCCACAGGUCCUUCAUCUCUGGUUUAAAAUCCAACCUGCCAAGGGUUUCAGGAUGGCUUGUGUAGGCUGACUAAUAAUAAAAAUAAAAGUUCUUAUAUACUGCCCUAUGUCCUAAAGCAAACCAGGGCAGUGCACAACGUAAUAAAAAUUGCAUGCAUGCAUUUGUGUUUAGUACAAUCGGCUGCGUGCACACAAACUAUCUAAAGCGCACGACUUCCCACAAGGAAUCCUGGGAACUGUAGUUCGCACUCGAGAGUUCUACCUCCCACCACUCUUGAACUACAGUUCCCAGGAUUCCCUUGAGAGAAACCGCGUACUCUAAUCGCACGGCGUGCAGGCAGCCGCUGCGGCGGGCGACACCUAGAGGCGGAGACGAGUAACGCCGCCACAUCUGCAGGCGGACGGCCGUUGCUUCCCCGCCGCCCUUUGCUAACCUUUGGCGAAGGUCGGGUCCGCAAAAAAAAAAAAGCGGCGCAUGCGCUGUAAUUGACCGGCCUCCAGCGGGGAGCGAAGGCAGGCGAGGCUAAGCGGGCCGUUGCUUGACAGUCACGCAGCCCAAGCCUCCUUGCUCCUCUCUUCCCCCGCCCACGGCUACCAACGGUCACUUUGAAAGACAGAAACGAAGCGCCAUGUGGGGGUGGGGGGGAGAGAGAAAGGCUCGCCUCAGAGAAGCCCAUAGCAAAGAUUCGGCCAACCAAAUCCCCGCUUUCCCUUCUCGUCACUUCCGGCACAGAACUUCCGCUUCCGGUUGUGAAGCCUAGCCGAGGUUUGCCGAAGCGGGUCUCGGUUCCUUCCUUCCCUCCCUUCCUUUUUUCUUCCUUUCUUCCCUGAGAGUCCGGUCCGUCGCCGCUGCCAUGUCGCCCAGUGCUGAGGUCGGCCGCGCAAACGACUCGUCACGGUGAGAGGGGAAAGAGCUCUUACUCCGCCUCCUUUCCUCCGCCCUCCCCCCCACCUCACCCGCUCCUCUUUCCUCUCGCGCGAUCGGCUCGCGGUCGGUGGGCGUGGCCCGGGCAGCUGUUGGCGUGGCUCCUCCCCCCUCGCUCGCCGGUUACCUUGUCAGUCAGCGCAAGGAGGGAGGGAGGGAAGGAGAGCGGUGGGAGGGAGAGCUGCUCGCUCCCAGGAGCGGCGUGGCGGACCUGUGGAACUCACUGCCGCAUCAUGCGUGUGAUGGCUUUAAAACAUGGGCAGAGAAGCUGUGGCCCUGCAGAUGGUGUCGCGCUACAGCUCCUCAGCAGCCGUGACCGUUGGGCGGGCUGGCUGGGGCUGGCGGGAAUUGGAGGCUGAUGAGGGCCGCAGGUUUCUCACUCCUGCAGCUAAAAGCAUACUUCGAAUGUCACAGGGUUGAUAGGGGUUUUUUGGAGGUCAGACGAGAGUCACAAAGGUGAAGAAGGUGUGUGGUCCUCUGAAAGGAGGGGGAGGACACAGCAACGGCAUUGCUUUGCAUUGUGAUUUUUGGAGGCUUAAAUAGAGCCACCAUGUUCAGAGGGAGUGUAUCUGAAUACUAUGUGACUGUGGCGAUGCACCCAGGUGGAAGAAGGGCUGUUAUUUUCAGGUCCUGCUUGUGUACCCCCCCCUUCGCCAUAUUUGGUUGGCCAGUCUGGUUUCUGGGCUAGAUAAGAAUUUUGGACUGAUCUUGAAGUACCUCUUAUAUAGGGGUAGUUGGGUCCCUGAGGAAAAUCGCUGUGGGUUAAACCACAGAGCCUAGGGCUUGCUGAUCAGAAGGUCAGCGGUUCGAAUCCCUUCGACGGGGUGAGCUCCCGUUGAUCAGUCCCUGCUCCUGCCAACCUAGCAGUUCGAAAGCACGUCAAAGCGCAAGUAGAUAAAUAGGUACCGCUCCGGUGGGAAGGUAAACGGCGUUUCCGUGCGCUGCUCUGGUUCUCCAGAAGCGGCUUUGUCAUGCUGGCCACAUGACCUGGAAGCUGUAAGCCGGCUCCCUCGGCCAAUAAAGCGAGAUGAGCGCUGCAACCCCAGAGUCAGCCACAACUGGACCUAAUGGUCAGGGGUCGCUUCACCUUUACCUUAAAAGAAGAUAGGAGUCUAAUAAUAUAGGACUCAUAACAAGUAAAAUAUCAGCUCAGUGGUCAUGCCGUCGUAGUUGUCGGCCUUUUCUCUGAUGGUCUGUAGCUUUAUAGUGGUACCACGGGUUAAGAACUUAAUUCGUUCCGGAGGUCCGUUCUUAACCUGAAACUGUUCUUAACCUGAAGCACCACUUUAGCUAAUGGGGCCUCCCACUGCCGCCGCGUGAUUUCUGUUCUUAUCCUGAAGCAAAGUUCUUAACCUGAGGUACUAUUUCUGGGUUAGCGGAGUCUGUAACCUGAAGCGUCUGUAACCCGAGGUACCACUUACCGUAGUUUUCGCCCCAUAGGACGCACUUUUCCCCCUCCAAAAAUGAAGGGGAAAUGUGUGUGCGUCCUAUGGGGCGAAUGCAGGCUUUCGCGGAAGCCUGGAGAGCGAGAGGCAUCGGUGCGCACCAGCGGCGUAGCGUGGGUUGUCAGCACCCGGGGCAAGGCAAGUAAUUUGCGCCCCCUAACCCGGGGCAAGGCAAGUAAUUUGCGCCCCCUAACCCGGGGCAACCUGCCGCCCCCUAACCUGCCGCCGCUGCCAGCUUCUUGCUGCUGCCUGGUCUGGUCUGGUGUGGUUCUCUCCUGCGCUCAGCGCUGCGCUGGGCGGCCGCUGCACUGUCCCUCCCCCAGAUAGUCCCUCGCUCUCUCUCCACACCGCACGCCUGGCACCCACCCCCUCCACAGUGGGCGGCGACCCAGCGGCUCGGAUCGGAUUCGCAUAGCCAGCACUGCAGUGAGAGAGAGUGAGUGAGCCAGGUAGGGGCAGAGAGCUGCGAGUGCGCCCCCCCAGAUGUUGCGCCCCCUGGGGCGGCCGCCCCCCCUGCACCCCCCACGCUACGCCACUGGCGCGCACCGACCCCUAUCACUCUCCAGGCUUCAGGAAGCUGUCCGCAAGCCUUGCAAGUCUGGCGGGAGUUCCCGCGGGUUCACAAGGCUUGCGGGCAGCAGCCUGCAGCCCCGGCGAGUGUCUGCAAGCCUUGCACGCCCGGCAGGAGGUCCCACCGAGCGCGCGAGGCUUGGGGCGGCAGCCUGUCGCCCCAAGCACGGGGAGCCCUCCGGAGGGCUCCCCGUGCUUCGGGCGAGUGUCCGCAAGCCUUGCGCGCCCGGCAGGAGGUCCUCCGGAGGGCUCCCCGUGCUUCGAGCGACAGGCUGCCGCCCCAAGCCUCGCGCACUCGGCGGGACCUCCUGCCGGGCGCGCAAGGCUUGAGGACACACGCCCUCCGGAGGGCGCCCCGUGCUUCGGGCAGGUGUGCGCAAGGCUUGGGGCGGCAGCCGUGGCGGCGGGGGGGGGAAUAAUUUUUUUUUAUUCAUUUCUCCCCCGCCAAAAAAAACCGAGGUGCGUCCUAUGGGCCGGUGCGCCCUAUAGGACGAAAAAUACGGUAUUUGUUCACUGCUGAUUUGAAAGGGGAGGAGGGUGGUUAGAAGUAGUAAGUGAAGCUGAAAAACGUGAAUGGAAUCAAAACAGGAAUGGUCCAUGCUUCUGUAUUUGAGAUAGGGAAACCUGUGGCCAUUUAAAUGUGCGUAUGUUGGUCACAGUUGAUGGAGUUGUGCAUCUGUUUUGCCAUUUAUGUACCCCAAGUUAAUUUCAACUCCCAAGUGUGUGUUCUUUGAUUACCCUUGUGUGGACUCUGGGAAUCUCAAUUUGUUGAAAAGAUUCCUGAACCCCGGGCACAAAUGGGCAGUGGUACAACAGUUGUGGCAAAAUGCUGUACAGUACUGGUAUUUCACCACAUGACGAUCUUUUAAAUCAACUAUACUGGAUCCAGACCUGCAAUGGGAGUAAUACCAGGAAUAACACUUCAAAAAUAACUGUCAUAUCAAAACAUUAUUAAGACAUCCCUAGGAAGGGAUACAAAAUGGAAUGAUACAUGUCGCUGAACCAACUUCCUAUUGCUAUUUGAAGAAAAAGGUACAUAGGUCAGACCUGAACCAGAAAAAUGGAAAAAAUAAUUAAUUUUAAACCCUAAUGGCUACAAAAGGUAUUGGAGCUCCAUCAUGGACUUGCUCUGCCAGCAGAGGCAUUCUAACAGCUGUGACAUACCACUGUCACUCUAGUAUUUAUUAUUUUAUUCAUUCAACUGCAAAAAUGUUACAGGAACAGGCAGUUCUCGUAAGUUCAGCUUGGGUAAUGUAAUCUUCAAACAUUAACCUGUAAGACUGUUCCGAGAUCUGAAUUACAUGCUUGUAAUAUAGAAGCGUAAUGGGCGUGGGGAAUGUGGUUUGAUGCCUAUUCCUGGAUUUCAAAGUUAUUUGCAGAAGAUAAAAUAAAAGGCAUCUUUCUUUUAAAUUAGAUUGUUGACAGGAAUAAAAGUGGAGUGAAGAGAUAAAGAUUGGGGGUACAAGCAUACAUCGUUUUUACAUCUUCACAUAUAUUGCUCCUUAUGAGACUGUGGGUGCAAUUGCAAGCAGCCCAGCCACAUGGGGGAAGGAAGCCCCUUGCUGCCCCUCUUUUGGCCAUGGGAGUGGAACUGGCUAGGGUUUUACCCCUCCAACUCCUGCACCCAGAGGGUGACUGGUUUAAUAGACUGCAGUAUAGUGUAAUAAUAAUAAUAAAUUUUUAUUUGUAUCCUGCCCUCCCUGGCCAAAGCCGGGCUCAGAGCUGCUAACAACAAGUAAAAAUAGCACAGUGUACAUAAAAUCACACAGUCAAUUAAUUAAAAUAUAUUCUUAAAUCAAUUCAGAAUCAAAUUAAUGGCAACCAUUGAGUUAGAGUUCUGUGAGGGUUACAGAAGGAGAGAAGGGGUCAGACUGUGCCUUGGCCGAAGGCCUGGCGGAACAGCUUCGUCUUGCAGGCCCUGUGGAAAGAUGUCAAGUCCCGCAGGGCCCUAGUCUCUUGUGAUAGAGCGUUCCACCAGAUUGGGGCCACGGCCAAAAAAGCCCUGGCUGUGGUCGAGGCCAGCCUAACCUCCCUGUGGCCCAGGAUCUCCAAUAUGUUUUUAUUUGAAGACCAUAAGGUCCUCCAUGGGACAUACCAGGAGAGGCGGUCCCGUAGGUAAAAUAUAACUUUUAUAUGCAUGAGGGAACCAAAAAAGUAGUGAGUCACUUUACUGCAAAAAUUUGCUUUACUGUAGUGGUCUAGAACUGAACCAACAAUAUAUUCUCUGAGGUAUGCUUGUAGUUUUUGUGGGAAAGAACAGCUCAGUUCUGGGAUUGAAAACAAAUUCCUGUCCUGAGCAUGUAACCAGAGGUACCCUGUUUCUUAAUUCUAGGAAUAUUUCUCCCCUCGGCUAUAUUUUUACACCUGGUUUCAGUUGGUGGAUCUUGAGGUUCUAAUAAAAACAACAGCAAAAAGAAAAUAGAUCCUGCAGCAGCAGACAGAAAAACCCAGAAGCUAACUAUGAAGACUCAGGUAAAAUAACUGAGUAAUGGAGGUGGUGGCCAUUUGUGUACAUGAUCUUGCAUGCUAUAUAGACAAACCUGGAUUCCUUUGAAAUCUGGGUUAGCUAGGAGAUUGUAAGGUACACCUGACAAUGCCUAUGGUGUAGUGGAGCGUUCACACAAAUGGUCACAAUGUUAAACACAACCACCCCAUCAUAGAAUUGUGGAGUUGGAAAGGACCCCAAGGCUCAUCUAGUCCAACCCCCUGCAAUGCAGGAAUCUCAGCUAAAGCAUCCAUGACAGAUGGUCGUCCAACCUCUGCUUCAAAGCCUCCAAGGAAGGAGAAUCCACCACCUCCCAAGGGUCCAUUCCACUGUCAAAACAGCUCUUCCUGUCAGAAAGUUAUUCCUGAUGUUCAGUCAGAAUCGUUCCCUUCCUCAAGCAACUUGGCAGAGUGGCAGGGCCUUGUUUCUGAAGCCAGUCCAAACUUCAGAGAAUAUCUGAAGAGCAAUUGCUAAGAGGGUUCUUUGCCCCAGUUCCAAGUUUGGGAGUAGGGCAAGAGCUUGCCAGGGGUGGGGGAGCAUGGGGCCAAGUGAGGCUCUAGGAUUCUCUCCAGGCCACAGUAAAAUAGGCUUUAACUCACUGUUAAACAGUGAGACAUACUGAUAGACAAUCAUGAGAUUAUGAGCGUACACUUGCCUUGUACUCAGAUCUUAGUUUACAUCAGUUUUUUAAAAGAGACAAUGUGAUUUUAAAAGAAAACUUAAUUAGAUUUCAGUAAAAUUCUGAUUUUCUUGAUUUUUUCAAAAUAAUUUUUAUCUGCACUGUUUUGAGCCUGUUACUAUGGUAACAUGGUUGCUAAAGCAUAAAGCACUAGACCUGGUUGCUUACUGCCAAAUCGCAUGGCUGCUUCUUGCUUUGAACAGCGUUCUUGUCAGAGGAAUAGGCUAAUGCAAAGCACUACUCAUGUUUUGGAAAACAAAUAUAAAAGAUCUUGCUAGAGAUCUAUACAGGCAGGAUGUGCAGAAUCUUGCGGCCUUCAGUGGUCAACAUGUGAAACUAUUAUGUUUAAUUGUCUACUUACACAUCUAUGAAAACGAAUAAAAAUUACUUACAAAAAAAACCCCAACAACAUAUCGAAGCCCUGCACGCAUUUGGAACAUUUUGCUCUUGCUGGUAAUUGAAGCAAGCAUUAGCUAACUAAAUUAAGACUGAUAGCAGCCUUAGUUAAAUAAAAACAACUCUUGUUUAGUGCUUUGAUUUUGUCAGCCAACUGCUAGCAACACAGAAAAGUUAAGGCUGCAGUCCUCAGUGAACUUGCUGAAUGAGACUUUCUUCUGAGUAAACAUGCUGAGGAUUACAUCACCAAUAGCUCAAUCCUGUGCAUGUCUGCAUGGAAGUAAGUCCUGCUGUGUUCAGUACGGCAUCCUCCCUUGUCAGAUUGCAGCCAAUGUGUUUCUUUAAAGCUGAUUGUUUUUCUUUUAAUUAUCCUGUACUGUAGUUUGCAGGUGUUCAUAAAAGAUUUUAACAGAUUAUUCAUAGAUACUAGUUGAUCAAUCAGUUCAUCUGUCAGUGGGUAAAAAUAGCAUUUCUGAAGCCAGGGACAUUCUUCUUGUGUUUUUAGAUUAUGCACAUAUAUACCAUAGUAAGCAUCAUCCUUAGUCAUUUAUCUUUCACUGGAAACAAGAAUGCUUCAUUUAAGAUGCUGCAGUUUUUAAGCACUUGUACUAAGAAAUUGUGUAUAUCUGCUGCGUGAUAAAUGGAAGUUCCUUUAUAGUCAGUGUAAAAGUUUUAAAAUUGGUUUAUCUGGCUAAGUAAUAGACUAAAUGUUGUAGCUGUAAUUUUGACACAAGGAGUAGGGCAAAGUCUUGGUCUCAUUUUUUGUUGUGUGUGUACAAACCUUGACAUCUGUUUUUGGUGGGGGUUUUUAAAUUGUGAAUCAGUUUGGCAGCCUGGAAUGUUACAGUGGCAAUUCUUGGUUUGUUGCUAUGCUCAGUUUUAAAACAGCAACAAUAAUUAUCGUAAGAUAAUUCUAAAUUUAUCACACACUCUCACUCUGUUGUUCCCCAGGAACCAGUACUGAGUUUCUGAACGUGGAGGUAACAUAUUGAUUUAUUGACUAAGAGCCAUUGAUGGCCUGCUAUUCCAAGAAUUCUUUCAGUUCUCUUUUAAAGCCCUCUAUAACAGGCAUGUCCAACGAUCCAAUAUAAAAACUGGCAGUGAUCUACCACCCAGGGAUGGGUGGGCACACACUGCUGGCUGCUUCUCCCGAAGGGGCAGGAAUGGGAGCAGAGUGGGUGGGCGGUUGCUGGCUCCUUCCCCAGAGGGGGCAGGGAUGGGUGGGCAGGUGGGCGCUGGCUGCUUCCCCCAAGGGGGCAGGGAUUGGUGCAGAGUGGGUGGGCGGGCGAUGCCGAUCCUGCCUUCUCCCCCUGCCUCCCUCCACCCCUGCUCAGGCGAUGCUGUUGCUGGUCCUGAUCCCGCCUUCCCUUGUCAGAUACCCGGCUCCUUCAUGCCCCAAAGCUAUUGUCUUUAUGGCUGUUGAAGAGUGUGCUGUGUUCCAGCUGCCUUGGGCCAGCGAUCGACCCAGAUCAACCCUGUGAUCGACGGAUCGAUCAGGAUUGACGGGUUGGACAUAGAGGCUCUAGCUAUAAGAACGUAAUAAAUCACAAAACGUUGAUUUUUUUUAUUGGAGGUUUUGGGGUGCCCAAUCAUUUGCAUGGCAUCUGAAUUCCCAGUUGUGUCUGUGCCCUCUGCUGCUAGAUUAUGCAUGAAAAACAGUGCAUUCUGCUUCAGAAUUUGGAUUUCUGACUCCAUCAGAUCAUGAUUAUUUAUUUAAUUUGUAUACUGCCCUAUAACUGUAGAUCUCAGUGUGGUUCCCAACAUAAAAAUAAAGAACCACAAAACAUAAACAUAAAACAUAAACAUAAAAGAACCACAAAACACAUAAUAAAAACAAAAACAGAGACAACCCAAUAAUCUCCCCUUCCACAACAUAUUUUAAAAGGGCUUAGCUGUCAAUCAGCCAAAGGCCUGGUUAAAGAGGAAUGUUUUCACCUGGUGCCUAAAAGUGUAUAAUGAAGGCACCAGUCAAACCUCUCUGGGAAGAGCAUUCUGCAAGUGCAGAACAUUCCUUCCAUUGUAGAAAAGGCCCAUUCUUGUGUUGCCAUCCUUUGAACCUCUCGUGGAGGAGGCACAUGAAGAAGGGCCUCAGAAGAUGAUCUCGGGGUCUGGAUGGGUUCAUAUGGAGAGAGGCGGCCCUUGAAGUAUCACGGUCCUGAGCCAUUUAAAGUAGUUAAAAAACAUAACACCUCAGUAAAAGUUGAUUGCAUUAGAAGUUAUUCCAAAGGCAUGUCUGAAAGCAAAGUUUUUAAAAUAUGCCUAAAAGAAAGCAGGGAUGACUCCUGCUGAACUACUUCUGGCAAGGGGUUCCACAAGGCAGGGCCUGCCUCACUAAAGGGUUGGCUCCUGAGAAAGACUGCCCAAACCUCAGGGGCAUGGGAGAUUCCCAAAAGUGCCCAAUCAGAAGUUGUCAGUGAUCAAGGUUGUAGCAGCAUGAGGAAUCAAGCAGUCUUUCAGAUACUACAUUUCUUUCUCACCUUUCCCCUAAGGAGCUCAAAGUAGUGUAUGUGGUUCCCCAAUUCCAAUGUCAUUCUCACAGAAACACUGUUUGCAUUAUGUUCAGCCGAGAGACAGUAACUGGCCCACAGCAAGAUACAGAGCUUCAUGGCUAAAUGGGGAUUUCAACCCGGUUCUCCCAAGUACUCCAACACUCUUAACCACUACAGUAUUCUGGCUCUCAAAUCCAGGGCUACCUUAGGAAUGUGGAACUAGUUGUGUGGGUUUUUUGGCUCUUUCCCAGUGAUAGGAAAUGUAAGAUAUGUUGAAUAAUAGCUAGAUUAGUGAUAGUCAUUUUAACAAUUUAUUGCUUUUUUUAAAAAAAAAUGUUGUGGUUCCUUCAUUCUGGCGUCACAAUAUUUUUAAAAACAAAAACGGCAACAUAGACAGUCAGCUCUGUAAUGCAAGCUCAUCUUAAAUAAAUUAUAGCACUUUGAAGUUGUGCUUAUGGCCAGAAUGCCAGAAUUAUUUAAUUUUUUUAAAAAAGAUUUCAUAUUGAGUAUUGUUACAAAAUAAAACAAAGUACACUGUGCUUUAAAGGGUAUUAGAUUUGUUCCAAACAUGAAGGUUUCUUCGGAAAAGCAACAGGCAGUGCUGUUGAAAAUUUGUUUGUGACACCUCCAGGAAAAUUAGGUCAUAUGAUGUAAUUAUAAGACCAGAAAAAAAUAAAUCUCAAGCUUCAUUGUUAAGCAUGCUAACAGGAUUUAUUUUUGAGUAAACAUGGUUAAGAUCAGGCUACAAGUUGUUUAACAGAUAUUACUCUUUGUUACUUUAGUAAUUGAUUGUAUUUAUUAUCUAAGGUGGUUGCAUAAGAGUGAGAAAGCAACUUCAGAAAUCUCUGCUUUUCCCCAGAGGUGUGUCCACACCAGCCAAUUUUUCGGUGAUCUGUUCUCAUUUAAUCCGUUUUUUCUGCAGACUGAACCAAAUGCUGUAUUCUGUCUGUGUUUGAAUUAAUGAAAAGCCAUUGUUUCAAGACUGAAUGGAAGCAAAUAACCUCUCUAUAUAUGUGCUUUGUUUUUGAAUUUAUAAAACAUGAAAACGAAUACCACAUAAUAUUGGAGUCAGCCUGCGUGCUGUCUUUUGCAGUAGAAAUGCCACUAUGGAGAAGCAUUUCAGAGUUUUGUCUCAUUUUGUAGUUCUAUUCCCACCUCCUCAACCUGUGUUGGAGUUCUGUUUAGGUUUUCUUUUUUAAAACAGUCUUGACUUUCCCCCUGCCUUCCUCUUCGGCAGUCUUCACAAAGUGAUAUACCGUAUAUUCUCUUCUCAUUGUUUUGGUUUUUUCUGCGUUUUGUAUGUGGAUGUUACUUGGAACACCUUUUUUCCCCCCAUUGUCUCUCCUUUAACAUUUUUUAGCACACUCCCAUUACUGUACUGUUGCACUUCUGGGGGUUUUGGCACCGUUAAAAUAAACCCAAAUACCAUACUCCCCCCCUCCCCAGCUAGAAAAACCUGCAGCUCUAUUCAUUUGGCUUAAAAGGUACAAUGGGCAAAUCUCACAGAGAUGUGAAGGAACAAGGAGUAUGGCCUCUUCUUGGGUUGCUUCAGAGUUGUAGAAUGAGUACUAAUUAAUUUUUUCUAUGAUUUUGAUUACCUUUAUUUUAUACAUGUAUUUUUAAUUUGUUUGUUAACUAUUGCCUGAACGUAUUUAUUGAAAGACAAGCUAGGAGUAUUAGAAAGAAGGAAAUAAAUACUAAAUGGGAAAACAGAACAUUAUAAUAGUGAAGGUCUCCUGGGGUAGCUGUGCUUCAAAACGGAGGCAAUUGAGAGAUACAUGAAUUUUCAUUGGAUGUAUUUUAAAUAGUUUUAUAUUCUCACCAUCUCCCAAUUUAUACAGUGCUUCUCAUACUGUUUUUUGAAGUGCUUUUCAUUCAUUUAUUAUUUAAAUGACUCUUCUCCCACUUUUCUACGCCAAAGUGUACUUGAGGCCGCUCCCAAUAAAAAGACACCUGCAAAUCAAUUUUUAAAACCCAGUUAAAAAGCAAUAAAAUGAUGCAGGUCUAUAAAAAUCAAUACAAAACAAUAAAAUGCAAAAUGUUAAAAUACAAAUCAUGAAUAAACAGUUAAAAUCCGGCUGUUAAAACAUCAAAGAAGGCUAAUCAAGAGAAUGCUUACUUGAAUUUUGUUAUUUCUCAUCUAUCCAGCCAAAGGGUUCAGGGAUGAUAAUGAUGCUAUUAAAAAAAAGUUACUUACCUAAAUGCCAGUGGCAUUCAUAUAGCUCCUCACUCCUAAUCAAUCUCAUUUUUCAUUGCAGAAUCCAGCUGCCUCUCCAUCAUGGUGUUUCCCAGAUUGGCAUUGUUCAGUAAUACAUGUCAGAAAGACGAGGGAUGAGUGAUUGGGGUGGGGUUUCAGUGGAAGCAGGAUAAGCCAUUUACUAAAUAUACUAUAGCUGUGGUGGCUUGCACCUUAAAUGGCUCUUUGGGGAGGAGAAAACGGAAGUUGAUGCAGAAUUCCUGAGUGCCUAAUUCAUGGACAUGAUGGAGUGGCUAUCCAGGACAGCUGACCCAGAAGUGAGUCUGCAAAGACCACCUGGCAUGUGAAGGUUGUGCUAAGACAAGCUGCUUUUCUGCAGUUGAGGAGAAGAGAGUCCCUGCCCGGGGAAGGGAAAGGAAGAUUCCCUGAACAUGCUCUGUAAAUUUGGCUGGCCUCUGACAGUAAGAGGAGGGCACUAGGAAUCAAAGAGAUGUUUUAGUAUCGACAUAUGCUUUUUGGAAUGAAAGUAAAUUUACCUGCUGCAGCGAUCCAGUAUCCCAAGGAGUGGAGACAGGCACAAGUCCCUAUCGCAUUGUCCUAAACCAAAAUAGACAUACUGCCGUUCUGUUUUAGCUUUAUUUGAGAAUGGUGCUAUACUUUUCGCCCCAGUGUGUCAGUUUUCUACACAUUUGAGAAAGAGGCUUGUUUCCUGAAUGCAAGGAUUUUUUAUUUUAAAUGGGGCAACCAUCUUAAGUGGCGUAGACCGGGGACGACGCUACCAUGUGGUUUUUCAAAGGUUGGCUCCAGUUCAUUCCAUGGGUGCAAGAGACCACCUUGGUUGCAAAUCCUGGGGAACAUGCUUCCUGGCUGGCAUGCCUUUUCCACCUGGCCUAGGAAGGCAGGGCGGGGGUUCUGUUGCUGUUACUGUUGCCUUAAUUGUUUAAAACUGCUUUUUAACUUGUGUGUUUUUAAAUUGGCGGGUUUUGUUGUUUUUUUAAAAUUAAGGGACCUAAGAUGUGCCUGGGAAGAGAGGAGCUGGGGAGAGCAGGGAUGACCCCAAUUGAUGUGGUUCUGGGCAAGGGGAGGUAUUGUGUGCAGGUGGGGCGCACGGCAUGCGGACAGUUAGCAACUGUGCUGCGUGCCAGCCUUCUUCCAACCUGAGGAGUUGUGGUUGUCCUUUCAGCCAGCCCUCAGAUGUGCUUGGAUGGUUGUUUUUGGAGGGUGAUGCUUCAGGAGUGUUCUUUAGCCUUGUGAAGCCUUCAAUGUGGGGUUCGAUUUUAUCCCCUAUUCUGUUUUAACAUCUACAUGAAACUACUGAAUGGGGUUAUCCAGAGUUUUGGAGUAUGUUGUAAGCAAUUUGCUGAUGACACACAGUUCUGAUCGGCAGGUGUGGCUGUGGAUAUGCUGGACCAUUGUUUUGCCCUGGUAAUGGACUGGAUGAGAGCCAACUAACUGAAUCUCAAUCCAGACACUGUUAGUGGGUGCUUCCGUAGCAUGGUUGGAUGGGAGGUGGCCUGCUCUUGAUGGUGUUGCACUCCCUCUGAAGGAGCGGAUAUGUAGUUUGGGGGUACUUCUUUGCUGUCACUUGAGUGCCUUACAUCAGCUUUAGUUGGUGGUUCAGCCACACAGGGAUAGCCUAACUUCUGUCAUCUAUGCUCUGGUAUACAUAGGGAAUAACUGUCUGAAGAUGAUUCAAAAACUUCAGCUGUUGCCGAAUUUGGUGGCCAGGUUGCUAACCAGGGCAAGGUGAUUUAAGCAUAUUACACUGAUCCUGGCCCAACUGCACUGGCUGCUAAUUAGUUUUGUGUUCUCAUUUUUUAUUUUUUGUUGUGAACCGCCCUGUGAUCUUCAGAUGAAGGGCACUACACAAAAUUUAUUAAUAAUAAUCAAAUGCAAACAUAAAUAAAUAAAUACAUAAAUUCGCCAAAGUAUUCAGGGUUAUAUGUAAAAGAGGUUUUUUGUGUAAACUAAUUUUAUGUAAAUCACUUCUGAUGAUUAAGUGGUAUAUAAAUCCUGUUCAAUAAAUAGUAAAGGGGUGAUUAGAAUGGUGGUGGUUUUCUUUUCUUUGUUUUCCUUGCAAACCAUUUUUUUUUUUUUUUUGCUGCUGCAGAUGGAAUAGAACAGUGAAUUUCUUACUGGUGAUUGUUUUGGUCAGCCCUAGUUUUUACCUCACUCCCCCUCCCCCCUUUUUAUGUUAUGCUUUUGUCAUUUCCAGUCUUACAAGUAGACUCUUUUCUUUAAAAGGCAUCAGUUUUGUUUCUUAGUCAGUGAGGGGGUGUUUUUUAACAUCUUAAACUUUACUAUAGUACACCAUAGAAGCUGGAUUGUUUUUGAAAUCUCUUUCUCAUACCAGCCAGUUGCUUGAGCAGACUGCAGCCAUGAAUGCAUACCCUCUGACAUUUCUCAAACAAAAUGGGGGGGUGCCCUUAUCUAUUCAUAAUGCCUCAAUUCUGACACAAAGGAUUAUUCCCAAGUACAUACUCUGCUUAAAUAUUACUCAUUGUGGAUGGCUCCUUCUUGAUUGCUGUAUUAAUUUACCUUGCAAUAACUGCAUGCUAAGAGCAUUAAAAAAAUAAGUUUCCCCAAAACCUACUGACACCUCCCUCUUAUGCAUUGGUGGCACCACUUUGGCAAUACAGUGGUACCUCGGGUUAAGAACUUAAUUCGUUCUGGAGGUCCAUUCUUAACCUGAAUCUGUUAUUAACCUGAGGUACCACUUUAGCUAAUGGGGCCUCCCGCUGCCACCACGCCACCGCCGUGCAAUUUCUGUUCUCAUCCUGAGGUAAAGUUCUUAACCCGAGGUACUAUUUCUGGGUUAGUGGAGUCUGUAACCUGAAGCAUCUGUAACCCGAGGUACCACUGUAUAAGGAUUCAUGCUUGGAGAAUUUGCUGUUCGUAUACUUAGGAACACAGGAAAUUUCCUUAUAUUGAGUCUUUCCAUUGGUCUAUCUAGAUUAGUAUUGCCUACUGCAUGGACUGGCAGUGGCUUUCCAACAUUUUAAAUAGGGAAAGAUCUCUCUCAGCCCUACAUGCAAUGCCAAGGAUUUAAUAUGGCAUGCAAGGCAGAUGGUCUAGAACUGAGUUGUGGCUCUUCCCCUCUACUUUCCACUGGUUAACCUCUGCCUCUCUAGAUGCUGUUGUGUUCCAACUUCUGUCAGCCCCAGGCAGCAUAGCCAAUGGUCAGGGAUGAUGGGAAUUGAAGUGCAGCAAUAUCUGAAUAGCCAUAGACUCCUGCUUUACAGGAUAUGAAAGGCUGUCUGGAAAAAGAAGUCUAAACACUCAGCAAUUUGCACAUACAUCUGUGCACCUGAAAUUGUACUAAAUUGUGUACAAUGGUACUAAAUUGUGGUCACACUAAACAAGUAAGAAGCAUCUUUAUUGGUCAGAAACUAGGGGAAGGGAAACCACAACAACUCCCAUUAUAAGAAGACUGGGGAAGACGUAUAUGGCACAGAACGUUAAUUUUUAAAACAAUGUAUACUGUAAUAGGAAAUUUUGGAAGGGAUUUCUAAGGCAAAAACCCAAUGCUCUUUCAAUUGUCGUAUAUAUAUAUAUAUAUAUAUAUAUAUAUAUAUAUAUAUAUAUAUUAGGUAUUGGAACCAAAAAACACUAUCAGAGUCUUGGAAGUAAACGAAACAAACAGCGUGGAAACAGAACCAGUGUGAUUUAUAUUCAAAAACAUAGAUAAAUGUUAUAUAUUUUAUUAUCUAGUUUGUUAAUGUUUUUGUCUCUUUCAUUUCUUUAAAAGGAACAUUAUCCCGUCUUAGAUUACAGGGCUAAGCACACUCGUGUGACACUCAGUUCUAUUACAGAUGGAGGGAUCUGCUCGAUGUCAUUUCUAAAAGAAAUGGUUGAAGCCUAAAGGAAGAAGGGACAGAUACCCAAAGUAGUCACUGUCCUUGAUAUAUUGAGAAGACGUGUGUCUUUGAUUAUUUUCAAAAGCAAAAGGCAAACCUCAUUCCUUUUUUUAAAAAAAGAACUUUGUACCAUAAAGGCUUUUAAUAAAAUUGAUAGACUGUUCAUUCUUCAAAUUAAUUUAAAAUACCCACUUCUGUUUUCCUUAAUAAACGGACCAUGGAUUAUGACAAAUAGUUAUAUCAUCUUCACUUAACUGAUUUUAGCACAGAUUGACACAGAAUGUGAGGUUGGUCUCAUCUUUGAAUGUUUAUUAAUGGCAAUAAUAAGAAGCGUAAGUGUUGAGUCAUGGUAUCUUUCUAUAGAAGCACAAAAAAUUGUAUCUUUUGUUUGAUAACCACCUUUUGAUUCAGUGAGUCUCGAGACAGAGUUAAAUGAAAUGAAGCGAAAUGCACUCUAUAAUGUGUUUGUAAUUUGUCGCGUUCUUUCUGUACAGCUUCUGGGGAAGCUCGUUCAACCAGAGGUUGGUUAAUGAAGCUUGCUUUUUUGCUCUGCACAGUUUCACAUGCAUCUGCUUGUAGAUGCUGUGAGGGUUUAGCAUUUAAGUAAUUUGAAGAUCUAAGAAAACAAUUGGCAUGGGCAUUAAACGUUGCUAAGCAAUAGGGAAUGACACUUUGUAGCAAGGGAAAUUUAUACAACGUUGUUGGGUUUGGAAAACGGUUGCACAUGCUUCAUUAAAGCUGCCAUUUAAAGAGAGAAAGUUGUUGAAAAGUGGCAAAUCUGGAGAACGAGGCCUUUGGAUUCUUUGAUUUUUCUGGGUUUCUGUGGGAUGGAACCGACUAUCCAGGAAGCUGUGGUAUCAAAAUUACUAUUUGGAUCAAAGGGAGAUUAUUGUUCUUAUUCGUGGUUCUCAGUUUAAAACUCUUUUCUCUUGACAGAUAAAUCUAGUGGGGUGGGGGCUGUACAAGAAAACAAAAAAUAACCCAAAUACUGCAUCAGGGAAAUGGGAUUUCUGUCUGCUGCAUGGAAUAUGCACAUGAACUAAAUGUGUGCAGUUUGUAUGCUUUUAUCUGUUUAUAGUCCUGGUGAUGUUUAAGAAGCUAUGCAAGGGACUGAACUCCACCCCCUGGCCACCGGAAAUCCUGUUAAUCAACCCCCCGCUAUACUUUGUAUUGCCUAUAUCAGCUUCCCCAACCCAGUGAGCUCCAGAUAUUGGGGACUACAACCUCUGUAGAGAUGGUGGGAACUGUGGUCCAAAACAUUGGAGAGAGCCAGGUUGGAGACUGCUGGCCUGGACACUUUCAGGCCCAUUAUUUCAGCUAUAAAGUUUCAUUUGAUUCACUCUAAUCUACGAAAGCUUAUGACAUAAUAAAUGUGUUAGAUGCCGCAAUACUUUUUGCUGUUUUUGCUGUGUCAGAUAAGGUGGCUGCCCCUCUGGAAGUUGCAGUCAUAAGUUCUAGAAAUGUGGCACUUUCUGCAAAUGCAAAGCUGAGAUUCUUGGGCUACGAUGAAUUCUGUAGCCAGAACCAAAUCCCCUGCUGAAAUAUUAGAAUACACACACCUGUAGAGAACUGCUCUUAAUAAUUUCAUCAUAGUUUGUUUGGAUUUAUAAGGUAUAAAAACUCUUUUGCAGAAGGGCCUACUUGCACAUAAAUGCCCAGUGACAAUGCUGUUGUUUCUUUAUUCUCCUUGGGAUUAUUUUUAGUGUUUUGAUCUGCCUUGAAGCAUUUAAUGUUUCAGUUUUGCCCUUACAACAUCUCCUUACUAAUUUCUUUAAUUUUAUAAGGUAGCCCCCCCUUUUUUGCAUUGUUCCAAGAGUGCAUUAUGUUAGCCUUUUUCAAAAAUUAAAAAUAAAACGUACGUUCAGAAAGACACAUUUAGCCUUGUUAUAGACAGGAGUGCAGUUAAAACAUGCAGUGAGGAUUUGAGUGCAAAUGAUGCUGGUAUUUAAUAUUUCUCAGAUUAAAGGCGUUUACCUUGUAGUUUGUAUAAAAUGAUUUGUGUUUUAAGGAUGCAACUGUAGCGUUGGGUAGAGUAAAAAUAUUGAAAGCAAUAUUUCUAAUCACUUAGUUUUGCAUCAUCAAGAUUUGUUUUCAGAGCACCAACAUGAUUCUGUUUUUGUUUCAUUGAAGGAUGAAGUGGGUAUUAAAUUAAAAUCUGGUAAUGUCUAAACAUGGGUUUUUGGGCUUGGGCGUACUUAUUCAUUGCUGUUAGAUUUGAACACAAUGUACCUUUAAGAAGGAAAGACUUACUAUCUGUUAUAUUUGAUAAAGUUUUGGAAUAAUGGAUUUCGAAUAAGAUUAUACACACCAUGAUUAGUCCAGAUUUCAAAGAAAAUGUGUUACCAAGCUAUCAUACUGCUACAUUAAAAUAUUUUUAUCAAAUGGCUAAUUUUGGGAGAUGUAACCCCACCAAUGUUGACUUAUGUUUUGUUUUGGGGGCCUAAGAUUAAAAUAUGUGGGGAAACUAGUGAGAUCUAAAAUAAACAAUGAACGGGUUUUGAUAAUGUUUACUGUCAAAAUAUGUAUCAUUUUUGGGGUUUAAUUAAAAGGGGUUCCCUUAUUCCAAAGUAAGAUAUCAAAUUUGUAUCAAGCUUGUUAGUACCUUUAGUGUAAAAUGUUUCCUAUAACUGGGGGAAGGGGGACACCCACAUUUAUUCUCAGUAUUCCUUACUGGUUUCUUUGAAAAGGGUUGUGGCAUAUAUGGUGAAAUAGACGGACUAAGGUAACUCCUGAGCGGGGAAAUUGAAAAGUUCAUAAAUCUAUACGGAUCAAUAUUUAUCAUGUACUGGAAAGAGGAGUUUAUUAAGCCGUGGUUUAUUAUCCUGAGAAGGAUUUUCUAAAUUUGGCCACUGAGAUUGUAAGUCUGUAUGUGGACUGUGUCACUUCUUUGCAAGGGUUCAAAUAAUUUAAAAAAUGCUUUCCAUGUAGAAAACCAGGAUGGCAGGGAGAAGGUCCUAGCUUAGCCUUCUCCUUAGCAUAUGUGAUUUUUAAAAAGGGGCAUUUAGUCAUGUGAGGCCCCUUUAAAAAAUGGGGAGGAAAUUAUUGCAGUUUGCAGCCCAGACACAACUUUAUACUGCUUGGAGGAAAUGUGACUUGAAAUCACACUGCAGUAAUUUUGCAUUGAAUUAUGUACUGUGGAUUUCUGUAUUUCUUAGAAUAAAUGUGCACUUUGCUUUUCUGGACUGUGUUUUUAGUUUCCUAUGCAAAAGGGUCUCUUUUGGGUAAAUCGUGAGGAAAAAAGGCAUUAAACUGCAAAGCAGAUUUUUCUUGCCUAGAAUUGAUUUUUUUGUUUGGAGCUAUUAGGCCAUUUGUGUUGCAGUUCUGAAUGAAAAUCUUCAGAAAUAUUUACUUUUUGGUGGUAAUACAGAACAUUUAGAAAGCUAAAGCUUAUUUAACUUGUUCCUAAUUAGUACUGCUGGAGAAGGUUAAAAUGUGAUGCUGGAACCUAAGAAAAUAUAGCCAACACUGUCGGAGGCUGGCACUGACAGAUUUUCUCCUGGCUCCUAAAAUUUUCUCACCUAGGAGCUUUAUUUUUUGGUAAAUUAACUGUUGUAAUAUGAGAAACAAAAGAACAUAAAUGCAAAAAGGAUUGCAUUUCUAUUAUAAUACAGAAAACAACACAUAUGAAUAAAUAACAUUUUGGAAUUUACGGUUUCAGUAUAUGACAUACCUAAUUCUAAGUAAAUUUGUGUGUGGUCGAGAUCUUUUCUUCAUAGAUUGAAUUAGUUUCCUCAUCACAUAAGUAAAGCUGCAAUCAGAUACACAGUUCCCUAGUGGUAAGUAGACUGAUACAGCUAAGUCUGCUUUAGGAAAUUUAGAAAGAUUAAAGGCCAAAGUUGCAAAAAUGUUUUCCAUAUAAUAUAUAUGCAGACGUUUUGUAAAAUAAAUGCAUGAAAUUCUCCACGGAAGAGUUAACCUUUGAAAGCCAAUUGUUGAUAAACUAUCUUACAAAUGCUAAUGCACACUGGACAUUGUUGUUGAUAAACAAUCUUACAAAUCCUAGUGCAGGCGCAUAUUGGCGAUAAACCAUCUUACAAAUCCUCGUGCAGCCGCAGAAAGACAGAGUGAGAGCAGAGAGCAAAAAGGUAGUAACAUUAUGUUUAGCAGAAUCAUUUGCUGUUAAAUUUUAACCUUUCCAUGGAGAGCUUCAGUACCAAAUGCAGUUUUUAGUUGCUAUCGGGUUUUAUGUUAUCUUCUGACCGUUUAUUUUAAGAAAUUGUUGUUAGCCAUCUGCCGGAGCCCUUCUCUCUGUGCCUUCCCAUCAAGCAUAUAGCCAUUUGACUGAGGACCUUUUCUGUGGUGGCACCACAAAUAUUAUUAGUCUUCUAGUAAUGGAAAUUGGUUGAAUUUUUUCUCUCCUUCUGAGUUAAAUGUAAUUGUGGUUGGUAUUGGUUUUAUUCGUUUGUAUUGGCUUUGGAAUUUACUGUUGACUAUAUCCUUAUGUGAUCUUGUUGUCAUGAAUUUGUUGUAUGACAUCUAGAGAAUUGGUGUGAGACACAGCACCAUAACAAAUAUACACAUGGGGGGGGGAAUUAUGGAUAAACUGUGGAAUGCCCCAGGGAGGUUUUCUGCAUGAUCAUCAUUUUCCCCCCAGGCAAAAAUAUUUUUAUUCUUCAAGGAAUUUUAUGCAUUUUAGAUCUGCUUAUGACAAAGUAAUUUGCUGGCUUAUUUUAAUGUUGUUGUGACUCUUUAUUGUCAUUUUCUUUGUUUUUAGAUUAUGUAGGAUAUUUUUCCUUUUUUGAAGAAGAGCAGUAUAGUAAUAUUUUGCAUAAAUAUUAUAUAAAACUAUAUAAAACUAUAUUGAACUAGUCCAGAAAUUUUGAUUCAUCUUUACAUUGUUUCUGUUUAUCAUUUGUGGCUCGAGAGGAUACUUUUUCCUGUCCGUUUUAUACUGAAGUAUAUGCAACCUGUGCAUUUUUUAAGACAAAUAUUAUUUUAUGCUGCCUUUCAGGCCAAAAUCCUAUCAAGAGAGUCUUUAAUAAUUAUAGAACUAUGAAAACCAUAUAAUAUAAGUUCAGGUAGGUAGCUGUGUUGGUCUGACGCAAUCAAAAUAAAUUUAAAAAAUUAAAAAAUGGUCCAGUAGCACCUUAGAGACCAACUAAGUUUGUUCUGGGUAUAAGCUUUCGUGUGCAUGCAUACCCAGAACAAACUUAGUUGUUCUCUAAGGUGCUACUGCACCAUUUUUUAAUUUAUUUCAUAUAACAAAUUUGAAAACCACAAAACUACAAAUGUCAUGUUUAUUAUUAUUUUUUCAUAAAGCUAACAGCAGUGCCUAAUGUUGUUUAAAACACAUUUCAGUCUGUGUGCUGUGGUUAUAAUCUGGAAAGGGGAGCCCUCCUGAUUUUGGAUAUGUAUGUGCUGUUUUGACGUUGCACGGAGACAAUGGGCGUCAGGUAUUGGGCUGCCCCAAAGUCUGGUAUGUCCUUUGAAGAAGGAUUUACUUAGGGAGCAAUCCUAUGCACAAGAAGCUGACGUGGGGACUUCACGAUGGCUGAGCCGGAGAUCUGCUACAUCCUAAACUGCUCAUCUCAGUGGAUCUUGCCAUAGGAUCACCCUCUUGGACUCUUGGACGUUUUGGGAUUAUAUGAUUAUGUUCGUACAAUAUUUUUCACAUCCCUUCAGAAUGAAGUUACUACCUUGAUUUUUUUUAACGCCUUUGGGAAGGGUUCAGCCCAAGGUUAGGGUAGGAUAGUUGUCUCUUUUUUAUUAAUUUUUUAUUAGGUAAUCCUUUCAACAUAAUAUCUUUCCAAGGAAGCAUUUUGUAUUGGGACUAUUCGGAUAAAUCGGCACAAGGUGCUCUUCUUUCCAUUUAUUUUAAUGUGUGAAAUUUUCAACGAAAAAUUAAUUCUGAGUACAUAUUAUAGGCCCGCCUGGAUUAUGCAUGCAUUUUAGAAAGGCAGGUUAAAAAUUAUCAUAAAAAUAAAUAAACGGGAAACAGAAUCAAAGAGCCGCUGCAGAGGCAAAAAGGCUUUAUCCUUGAAUAUUUUGUGGGACAAAAAGGUUUUAAAACACGCCCAAAGACUGCAAGAAAGGAGGCAUGAUGGAUUUCCUCAAAGUUUAUAGUCAUGCCACCACCACUGAAAAGGCCCUGUUUUGAAUGUUUGUUUACAAAAAUUGCAAGAUGUACUCUUUUGACUUUCAGCUGUUGGUGGCUUUCUAAAUUGAUAGUUGUCUUUUCCUGUUAUUGUUUGUGUUAUUUGUGUUGUUAUUCUUGGAAAAUAAUUAGAGCAACUAGGGGAAAAGUGGCAAAUAAAACAAACAAACAAGAAAUUAAGAAACUGGAUCCAUCUAGUCCUGAUUUCUCAUUUCCCAGUGUGGUUCACCUGAUGCCUCCAGGAAACCCGCUGGCAAGGCAUGAAGACAAUACCAACUUGCCCCAAACUGAUUCUCAGUGGUAUAUUUGUUAAGAGCCAUUGAUAGACUUUUGUCUAACCCCCUCCUUUAUGGCCAUCUAUACUAGUGGCAUUUACCUGUUUGUGCAGCUGUGACUAUAACUUUUGUCCUGGUUUUGCGUUGGUGAUAUGUGCUUGCGCAUGUGUGUGUGUGACGGUUAUGUAAGUGCUCUACAUUAAAGCAGGUUAGAUUGUAUCGUAGCGUUCACUAACAACAUGGCCUGGACUUUUAUCAUUUUAAUGUAACUCUGGUAAUCCUGAAGUAUUUCUGCAAGUGCCCCACACGUGGCUCUUCUGAAGUACUGAAAAUGCUGUCUUUUGUGCAGGCUAUGUUGCAAGGGAAAUGUUGUGGAAAUGUGCCACGUGCCGCGGGUUGCACACAUACACAAGUCUCUGUUAUCUUGCCCUAUCUAUUGUACCUUGGGGCUUAAUGGUAAAUCUUUGCUGGUUCCCCUACGUGAAUGUGGUGUCUCUUUGUUUUGGGCAAGCCCACCUGUUUUGUUUUUAAAACUGUCACAUUAGAUAUGACUGUAGUCACUGAUAGCCUAGAUGAUAAGCACUUCCAAAAGUACAUAAAGCUAUGGCCAUCUUUUGUUCCAGACUUUGAAGACAGCAGAGGAAGACACACAUUCUGCCCACUGGAGCAUUUUGAAAAGACAUCCAUGGAAGAGGUACAAGAUUUAGCGGAACAGCCUGUGAGUAUAUAAGAGAAACUGCAACAGCUAUAGACAAACAUAUUUGUGUUUCACAUGAAUGAGUGAGUCUUCUGAAGUGCGGUACAUUGAUUCUGUGUCCUAUUUGGCUUGCAGGAAUAGAAAACAAAGAAGUAGAGAAUUUUAUAUCUGAACCCAGUGGUUAAUAGGCAGGAUAUUUGUAACACCAUAGAGUUCACUGAUAAUUAUUUUAAUGAAUUAAUUAAAACGGAGUUUUAAAAUUCAACUGUAUCUAUCCUGAGUGCACCAUUUGCGGACGAUUGGAAGCUGAAAUUUGACUUGGGAACUACUGACAUACAAAUGCAUGCAAAAAAGGUUUGCCUCAUAAAUCUAAACAAGUAUUCAUCACAGUUAUAUGUAUACCUUCUGUUCAAUAGAUACUGCUUUGGGGCAAUUCAUUAUUCAAAAACAGCUCUUUUUGCAUUUGUACACAACUGAAAUGCAAGAGGCAGCUACCUAAAGCAUUUUGUGAAACUGUGGUCUCAGUGCAGUCGUCAACAACAACAACAACAAAAAUACAAGAACUUCCGAUAGCUUCCCAAUCUGACCUUCAUCCCAUUACUUCUUUAUACUGUCUCCUGAAGGUCCCUAAUUUGGAACACAAAUAAGAGAAUGGAGGUAUAGAAAUAUUAAAAGGAUGAGAUUUUUGUGGUGAACACUCAUAUGCCAAUGUCAAAGUGUGGCAAAAUUAGCAAGAGCCAUAGGAGGAAUAUUAAUUCUUAUGAAGGUGUCAGAUCUCUAAGACAACGAGGUUCCAAACAAGAGAGAGCUUUGUAAAUUAAAUUUAGGAACCUGAAGGUUAUUAUAGGGACUGGGGAUCAUGUUUUCUUCUUGGCAGAUGUUCAGAAACAUGGUGUUUUCAAAGUACUUUUCUUCUGUUUUAUGGACAUGCAUUUGGAUUUUUUCCCCCUCCAAUAAUAAGAGUUAGGAAACAAAAUGAAAUUUUUUGAUGAAUUACUCUUACUAUUUUCUCUCUCUCCCCCCAAAUGUAUCUCUGGAUCUUUCCCAACUGAAACAUACAAUUUAAUAACAACUGAGAGGAAGGUUUUUGCGCAUGAGAGAAACAUUCUGAAUCCUAGCUAAGGGAUGCAGAAGGCUGUAGAGACAUAAGAUGUGAGUGCCGGGAGAUGCAUUACAUAGGAUGAUGUCAAAUACGAUCAUCUGGCUUCCAUAAGAUCAUCUGUUCCCAUCCCCCCAGCCCUUGGGUGCUUCCAAAAUCUGCUUGAGGCAGUUGGGGGGCACACAGCCCAGGGUAGUUUUUUUGAGGAGCGGAAGGAGAAGUCUUGUUGCGCCCACUGGCAUGAUAAUUGGAUAUCACCCAUUGUCUUAAUAUUUGGAGAGGGGGUGUCUUAUUUGUUUAACUUUAUUGGUUUAUUUAAAAUGGGGCAUUGUUAUUACUGUUAACCACAAUUGCUUAAAAUUGACCAGCUGGUCAUAGGAUGCUGGGAGUCAGCAUCUCCUUAGAUGUCUUGCUUAGGAACUUUCAUUCUGGCUGUUCUGAUUGGCCAGCAACACUGUUGGCAUCAGGGACCUGGACCAGGUGAAUAGUUUACUUGAUUUAGCAAGGCAUUUCCUACAUGGUUUUUUUUUUCAGAGAUCUGUGUCCCAUAUUUUCCAUUAUAGCAAACAACUCGCAGCAGCUAAGAAAGCAUAUCUGACAUGCACUUUACGAACGAUAAAUGUCAGCCACACAUUAAUGAGUCCUAGCAACAGUGAGCAAUUCCAGUAUAAAAACUGACAGACAGAGCAAGAAACUCAGAGCAGCGUCCAAAUUCAAAGUAUUUAUCGGUGUGUCCCUUCCAAGCCCUCUCUAGAAAAUGAAAAUAUUUUAUGCAGCCCUGGAAGGCAUCAAGUCCAGACAAGCUUUCUCGAGGGAAGAUCUCUAGAGCUUAUUGCACAGACCCUGCCUCAUGUACCUGCUUGCUUCACCUCAGAUGACUGGGAGAAACACAGCAGAAACUCAACAAAACACCCAAGAGCGAAUAGAUUUUUAGUAUUGCUUUAAAUGUAUUGAUUGUUUUUGUGUUUUAGCUAUUUGUACAUGAAUCACCUUGAGACUGUGGUUUAGAAGACGUUUAACGAAUCAGUGUUAAUAAUAAUAAUAAUAAUAAUAAUAAUAAUAAUACCCAUGAACAAUGUUUUAAAAUUGCAUACUACACUGGUGCUGAAAGAACUGCACUAGCUACCUUUUAGCUGCCUGGCCAAGUUGAAGGUUUUACUGUGGAAAUGUAAAAACCUAAACAAUUUCGGAUCAAGGUGCCUAGCAGACCACCUCUCCUCUCCCACCUCCAGUCCCAGACCAAGCUGGUAUUUGAAAUAUUUCAAGGAGACCUUGUAGGUCAUGGGUAGGCAAACCAAGGCCCGGGGGCUGGAUUCGGCCCAAUCGCCUUCUAAAUCCAGCCCGCGGAUGGUCCGGGAAUCAGGAUGUUUUUACAUGAGUAGAAUGUGUCCUUUUAUUUAAAAUGCAUCUCUGGGUUAUUUAUGGGGCAUAGGAAUUCGUUCAUUUCCCCCCCCCUCCAAAAUAUAGUCCAGCCCCCCACAAGAUCUGAGGGACAGUGGACCGGCCCCCUGCUGAAAAAGUUUGCUGACUCCUGUUGUAGGUUGUUCAAUACCCAACUGAUCGUGACAGUGAUAGUACCACCUUCUGGAAAGCCCUCUCUUGGGCAGUUUGUGAGGCAGAAAACUUUUAAUGCUUCUCUAAAAUCUUGCAUGUUUACCCUUUAACUCUCUGUUUUGUACACUGUUCAGUUUUAUUUGUGAAGUAAUGGGGGUUUUAAGGAAGUUUUGCUGAAUGUCAGAUUUGUAAAAUGAUUAUUAUGCACAUCACUGACAGAUAAUAUAUAAUAAUAAUAAUAAUAAUAAUAAUAAUAAUAAUAAUAUACCGCCCUUCAUCCAAAUAUUGCAGAGUGAUUCACAAGAUAAACUUUCACUGAAAAAGUUCCAGCUUUCAGAAUAUUUGCAGUAGGGAGUUAGCAGAUCAUGGAAACUGUUGGGCUUUCAGUGGUUUCAACGCAAGAAACUGCCUUACACCAAGUCAGAACUUUGGUCCUUAUUGUCUACACAGAUUGGCAGCAGUUUCAAGCAGGGGGCAUGCCUGAAAUCUCCUAACUGGAGAGUGAACCUAGGACCUUCUGCAUGCAAGGCAGAUCCUCUCCCACUGUGCUGUGGCCCUUGCCCAAGUGAAGUUCAUUUGAGGAAGGAACUUUUAAUACUAAAAUCAGCUUCUCCAAGUGGCUAGUUCUGUUUUGGCUGAACAGUGGAAGAAAAUAAAGUCUCCGCUUGCUCCUCUAGGCUGCGCUGUGCGCAACAUUUAUGUAAGUGCUCUACAUUAAAGGUUAGAUUGUAUCCUCUUAUUGACAUAGUAACCCAGACUAGAUAAUUUAAUGUUGCUUCCCAGUGUUUAUUUCAGCACAGAUGGCUAUCGUUAAAACGUGCUAAGUGAUCUUAUUACAAGUGCUGUAGACGUGUGCCACAUGCCAGGUUUGCAGGAAAAUUGAAAUUUCUUAUCUGCGCUUGUUAGAGCUCAAGGCUUAAUGGCAAAGCAUUGGCAGAUCUUUCCAGAUGUGAGGCUGGUCUUUCAUUUUCACUUCCCUAGAGAGAGGAGAAAGGUAGAAGCAGACGAUACAGGCUCACUUUGGAUGAUUCCCCUGAGCAUGGGCCCUAACGUGAAGUCUGAAUUGGCAAGCUAUAAUUAAUGGCAUGGGUGGGGAACUGUUUUCAGAUUGAGGGCCACAUUCCCUUAUGGGGGCCACAUGCCAGAGGCAAAAGCAGGUGGAGCAAUGUAAAAUUUACCUCAGACAAUAGGCAAGUUUUAACACACCCUCACGCCUUUCUCUGUCCUUCAUUUGGCAAGCAAAAGGCCUGAUCACAGUUCAAGACAUAUUCCAGGCAGGCAAAAACACUCAAGGAAGGUGUGAAUCUAAAAAAUUGUAAGAAAACCAACAAGCGAAAAUGGCAGUAAGGGCACUAGAAGAGGGUAAAACUACCCUUAUAUGCCUCACUUUGUUAGGUUCCAGUGGCUCUAAACUUGGAUGGGCGAUCCCGCUUUUAACAUAUUCCUCACCAUAUUUACAGAAUAGGAAAAACCAAUUUAUGAAAACUAGAUCUUUUGGAUAAUAGCUCUAGGGUACUUUGGCUGCUUUCUUAGUCGUGGUUCCCCAUAAUGUCUGAGCCAAACCUUUGUGACUCGUAUGCUAUUUUUCAUAUUUAGGCAAACAUAAAUAUAUUGAUUUACUACCAGCAGCAUGCAGCCCUUUCUUUGUAGUCGAGAGUUGUAUUAAUGACAUGGCUAACCUGAUAUCACUGAAUAUAUUUCUCUUUGCAGAUGAAAAAAGCCAAGAUGCAGGAAUCAGGUGAACAGCUGUUAAGGUGUGUAAUUCUUGAAUUUGUUUUUUAACUGCACUUGUCAGAUUUCUGUGGGGUUUUUGUAUAUUUUGUUUAAAAGAAAGAGCUAUUACUCUGAUUAUAUUUGUACUUCGUUUUAGUAUCUGUUGGACAUUACAAAUCUUACUUGACUAAUCUUUACAACAACCCUGUGAAGUAGGUCGCUGUUAUUAACAUUUCACAGAUGGUGAUCAGGAACUUAAAAAAAGAGCCAUUUGUUUUCAAGGCUUUCAUGAAGUAGGGAUUGGAGCCAAAUUCAGAGAGGGGGGAAGUCCCAUUGAGUAUAGUGCCCCGGUACAAGAAAAAGCUUAAUUAUUAUGAGAAUGUGAAUCUCUGAGCCUCAGGCUACUGCACAUACACACCCAUUCCUCUUUGCACGAAAGAGGAAGAGAUUGCAAGGAAGUGCAGUUUUCUAUUUUAUUUGAGUAUGGGAGGCUGGUUUGUAAAAAUCAGAAUAUUGCACCAUGGUUUGAUCCUAGUUUGCAUCCCAACUAUAGUUUGCACAAACCACAGUUUCCCAUAUUCUGAAAUGGAAAACUGUGGUUUGUUUCAAACUGUAGGAAGUUUUCGGUCUCUGCCCACACAGGGGGAGGGAAGAGGGAGCCAUGAACACUUUAGGCUUGCAAUUGCUCAUUCUCAUAACAAUAUGGUGUUUUACAGAUAGCUUCUGCUUCUGCGUAACUGUUUACUGGAUCCCACUGCAUGCUGCAUCCUGCAUGCUUUUUGUGUGUAAUGUUGCACUCUAGAAAAUUAUUGAAAGCAUUACUUUACUUACAGCUGGGAAACCCCCAAAUUCCACAUUAUAUUGAGUGCAAAUAACACUUCUAACAACACACAAGAACAUAGAAAGUAGUCUUCUACCAAGGCAGAUCAUUGGUUCAUCUAGCUUAGUAUUGUUUACACUGCCUGGCAAUGGCACCCCAGCACUUCAGGCAUCAAAGCCAGGAGUUUCUGCAUGCCAAGCAGUUGCUCUAUUGCUGUGACCCUUCCCAUCUCUAAAUUGGAGUUUUUAUAGUCAUUUCAGGAAUUUUAGCUAAGGGAAAACUUAAUAUGUGUACCCUCUCACUAGGAAAACAUACUUGCCACAGUUAAGCUUCAUACACAAUUUUCAGCUGUGGGCAAAUGAUUACUAGAUCCCAGUUAAAGCACAUGUUUUCAUAGAAUCAUAGAGAUAGAAGGGAUCCCAGGGGUCAUCUAGUCCAACCCCCUGCAAUGCAGAAAUCUCAGCUAAAGCAUCCAUGACAGAUGGCCAUCCAACCUCUGCUUAAAAACCUCCAAGGAAGGAGAGCCCACAACCUACCAAAUAUUCCAAAAAUGUUUGUUUAGGGAUAAAACCAUUGCUGUACAUUGUGCUAAUAAAAAAUUAUCAUCAUCAUCAUGAUGUCUAAAGCACCUCAUGUCUACUAAGCACUGUGCACAGAUUAAAAGCAAGGUCUAAAAGACACAACACAAAAUGGAUGGGUGGAGGGUGGCUGUGGGGACAGGAGAGGAAGAAGUUCCAUUGCACACACAGAACUGCAGCAUUAAACAUGGCUCUCUGUCUUGAACUGGGAUAAGGAAUACAGUAUUUAACUUCACAACGGUUUCAAUUGUGAAAACUGGGAAUGGAAUGAAGAACAUGGAGAGGGACUUUGCUGCCCCCCAGAACAUGCACCCCUCAAGUCUUCCUAGAUGGUAUGAGAUCCUCCUGCAUGGUGUGGGGUGGGCCAUGUGGGACCAUCAGAGAAGAAGUGUUCCCAAAAUUGGGUGGAGGCACCUUGUGCAAGUGGAGCUCCAUUUGUGCAAGGCACCCCACUCAGUUUGCAAUGAUUCAUCCCUUCUGGUUUGUCUUCUUAACUGUGCUUAGAGAGCAAGCUAUAGUUUGACCUGAUGUUGAAAUUAAGCCAGUGCUUCUGUGCUGCAGAGAUAAGCAACAGCUCCUGCUUCUGUAUUGAUCCUUUCAGGCAAGUGAACAGCACAGACGAUAGUGAUCAGAAACCUGAAUCCUCAAGCCUUGGUUCAAACCUGUCCAUGUCCAAUGAAAGUAAGUGCCUUCUUUAUCUUUAUAGUUGAGUAGAAGAACUGGGUAAGUUUGUGUGCCUGAAAUGUACAGACAAGUGCUUAGAAUUCCCAGGUUUCUGAGGAGAAUCUACACACACACACACACACACACACACACACACACCAGAAAAAUGCAAGGCUUCCUGAAUCAACGAGCCAUUAAGCUAUUCCUUUGAACUUGCCUGUCAGUGAAACCAAAUGGGGAAGAAAAUGUACUACCUCUCUCUGUCAUAGAAACAUAGGGUGCUGCCUUAUAUUGAGUCAGAGCAUUUGGCUCAAUAUUGUCUAUGCUGACAAUAUACUGAAUAUUGUCUAGGCUCCUCCAAGAUUUCAGGGAUUGAACCUGGGACCUUCUGCAGGCAGAGCAGAUUCACUACCACUGAGCUACAGCCUUUGUGUUCUGUAACCACAAAGGAACCAGAUGGAGAUGGUAUUAGCCCCAUUGCCUCAUGCACUUGGGGGUGUAAAAGCAUCUGGCUGAAGGUCCCCUAGGUCUGUCAGAGGCUAAAUCCAGGCAUAACACUAAUCAUGGUUUGUAAAGCCAUGGUUUGGCAUAAUGUUGGCACCUGCACCUUCUUUACAAACUAUUGUUUGUGAGGGGCUGCUGAGCAAGGAUAUCAAGGGGCUGCUGCAACAGGAGAGAACAUAUGAUGCUAAUAAUGAAAAUGAAAGCCGUGAGCCACUAACACUGUUUUUUUAAGAAGGGGUGUCCACCACAGUAUUCUCUCAAGUCUCUCUGCUCCUUUAAUUGUUUGGCUGGGUCAUUCUGGUGACAGUCAAUACACUGUCAGCUGAAGCAUACCAAAACUGCCUUUUGCUCUCUCCUGCUGGUUCAGCCAUAGCUGGCAUUUGGUCCUAACCUGGGUAUCUAACCAAGAGACUACUGCUCAUAGCUUAAAGGCAAUGGUGGAAAGGGCUGUAGUUGAGUAACCAUGUUUUCAGGUUCAGUCCCUGGUUUCUCCAGGUUAGGGCUGAGAAAGAAUCCUGACUGAAACACUACAGAGCUACAGUCAGUCAGUGGUGAUAAUAUUGAACUUGAUGGGCUUUAGUCUGACUUUAGAACAAGGCAGCUUCCUGUGGGACACAACUAAUUAUAGUAAACCCAUCCAAACUUUAGGUAACCUAUAGGGAAGGAUCUUGUCCUGGGCACACCAUCCCCAUAGCAAGUAUAGUUGCAAACUGGUAGCUUGGGAAGAAGGUGCUGAGUUUCAGAUACUAUCGUUGAAAUGCUAUGCAAUCACACUAGCCAGAUUGUUAUCUCCCUAACAUAGGAAAAGAGCCAUAGGACUCUAAGAAUACACACAUUACACACCAAGAAUUCUGGGAACUGUAGAUUGUAGUGCUGAGAAUUGCAGCUCUGUGCUGGAUAAACCACAGUUCCCAGGAUUCUUGGAGGGGAAAUGUGCUUUAAAUGUAUGAUGUAUACUAAGCCCAAAGAAGGAAAAGGGUGUAUGGUAGUAUAUUGAAGACUUCUAAUUAUACAAAGCAAUUAUAUAAGUAAUUUCUAGGACUUACCCCCACUGCCUGCUGACUUGCCUGCUUAUAGAUAAGCACUGUGUAAUAUAGGAGGAGGGCAUUCUCAGAGGAAUAUACAGUUACUUCUGUAAGCACAGCAUGCAGAACACGUGGAACUAACCAUACAGCUGUCCUUGAAUACCCUCCUCUGGCAUAAAGCUUGGGCAAAGUAGCUCAUUUUAGUGAGCUGCUACACACAUUCUCACAGCUAGAAUUAGCUCUUGCUGUGAUUCCUUCUUUUCUAUGUAAUGCUUCUCUGGCUUAAUAAUUCUCCCAUGUUGGCCUAGUUCAGAGAAUCAUUUAAACCAGGAGUGGAGACCCUUUGGCCAUGUAUCUGUUGCUCGUCUACAAGCCCUAUCAUCUCUUACCAUUAGCCAUGCUGACUGGGUCUGAGGAGAGUUGAGUCCAACAGCAUCUGGUGGACCCAGAUGCCUUCUAAGCCAUGCCUUGGAUGAUUGUGAAUGAGUCACAGCGAGGCUCAAGGCCUAGCACUGCUCCCCUCAUCUCCGUAUUCCCUCAUGAGAGAGGAGGGUGAAAACUCCCACUUCCUAACUCCCACUUCCAUGUAUUAUUUACACUGGAAUGCAUAUGUCUUCUAAAUACAACAGUGAACAUUACAACUUUGUGAUUCUUGCGCUGAUAUGUUCAAAAUUAUUGUUCUCUUAAGUAAUAUACGUGUACUUAUCAAUCUCUAUAUAUUUUCCAGUUAUGCCAUGCACUGAUUACAUCUCAAGGUCAUCAAAUGAAUAUACCUCACAGAUGUAUUCUGCAAAGUAAGUUGAAUAGUUUGGCUCAACUGAUGGUUUGUUUCUCCAUAGUGUUCAAUAGGGUUCCACUUUCACAACAGAUACUACUACCUCAGUCGGUGAAGGGAUUUGGGCCCAGUUUUCGUCUUAAGACACUUUACGUUGACAACACAGCGUUCACUCUCGGUAGCAACUUUGCCCAUAGCUAAAGAAUACUUUAAAUGGCAAGAGAGACCACCUCCUUGCAAUGAAAAGGAUUGUGUGCUUACAUGGGGAACGGGGAGCAAUCAGCCAUGGGCAUGACUUCUUGAAAGCCUGCCUUGCCCUUCCCCCCCACCCUUGGAAGAGUUGACCUUAAAAAAUGCACACCAUACAGUCCUUCUUCCCAUGUCAGAAAUACCUGUUAAACUGUGAGGGUGAAUGCAUUGCACCUAGAAAUAUAUUUUCCUCCGCUGCCUGAUGUGUACACCUUCUGUGCGACAGAAGUGCAUGUAGCAAUCUGGAGACCACAUGCUCCUGUCUUUUAGAGGGUGUAUACACCCCAGAAGCCUGAUUGUGAGCAAUAGGAGACCAUGAAUCUCAUAAGACCCCCAUGUCCAAGACGUCGAUCGCGAUCGACUCAGGGACUGUAGACUGAUUUUCGUUGAUCGCAGGCUGAGAAAGGAAAGCCUUUCUCUGCAGCUGGACGCAGCAGCAGCAGCCACUGCUGCUGCCAGUCUCAUGUAAGCCUGAGCUCCUCCUCCUCCAUCUGAGCCUCCUUCCAAAGCUGGCUUGCCUUCCUUCCUUGCUGCCCCCUCUGCAUUGCCUGCGUGUUUGACAAACUGGAGGGGGGAAGCAGGGAACGAAAAGCUCCUUGCCUGCUUGCCCGCUAGUUCAGAAGCAAAGAAAUAAAUAAGAAAGGAGCCCCCCCCCUCCACAAACAGCGAGGGAGGCAAAGAACAAAACACACGGGGGAAAGCCCCCGUAGCGCUCCAUGAGUUUGAGUGAGGGAAAGGCUUUAACGUGCAACAUUAGGGGAAAGAGAGGUGGAGUAAGGGCUUGGGGAUGCUGACACGAAGUCAGCUGCAUUUAAAAGCAACAGUAGGGGAAAGCUGGAGGUGGAGUGAGUAUGCUGUGUGUGUGUGUGUGUGUGUGUGUGAGAGAGAGAGAGAGAGAGAGAGAGAGAGAGAGAGAGAAGCCCUGCACGCUCUGACUGUGAAAUAAAGAUCCGCUUGUUUGUUUGUUUGUUUGUUUAAUGACUUCGGGGGGUGGUAGAUCACUGCCAGUUUUUGAUAUUGAAUUACAGAUCACAACCUCCUCAAUGUUGGACGUGCCUGUCAUAAGAGAUGAGCAUUGUCUCCUGAGUUCCCUGGCUGUGACGAGGUUGCUUUGAAGCGAGGAGCGGUUUCCUCUCUCUCCCCAAAGGAGCAAGUGUGCAGCCUGUGGCAGCCUUGUGCUAUCGGGAGGAAGCCAGGAAGGGGAGGCAAUUCCAUGUACCCCAGGCAUACUCUCUCUUUCUGCUGUAAUACUACUUAUAGGGAAUAUAUGUUGAGGGACAGGUUGAGCUUGGGAGUGGGAAACUCUUCACUCCCUUAUCCAACCCUUUUACCUAGUUACUUAUUAACCUUCCUUAAUGGCAAUAUUUUUCUUUUAUUUAACCAGGCCAUAUGCACAUAUUCUUUCUGUACCUGUAUCGGAAACGAUGGCCUCUUAUUCUGGUCAGACUCAGUACCAAGCACUGCAGCAGUCGCAGACAUACGCUGUUUAUCCUCAGACAACCCAAGCCUAUGGACUACCUCCUUUUGGUAAGCCAGAGUUCUUACAGUAAAAGGUAUUUUGUGAAACUGUGUAUGUAAAUUACUAUUUUCCUUCAUAAGAACCUAAGAAGAGCCCUGCUGUGGAUCAGGCCAAAGGCUCAUCUAGUCCAGCCUUCUCCUUCUCACAAUGUCCAGCGAGAUACCAGGGGAAACCCAUAAGCAGCUCUUCUUAUAUAUAUAAUGCAAGAAGCCACACAUGUUUCUGGAAUGAGACACAUGAGUCUUACAUAAGAAACUGUACUUGCUUCAUUGCCUGAAUUAUUGAAUGUGAAAGCAUCAUGCAUUUUCUAAAGCUAUUUGGCAUUCUUAAUUUUGGGUGUGGGUGUGUUAACCCUAGCGUACUAACUUUAUCAUAAUGGUUUACCAAGCUGCUCACAGAGAGUUUUCUAGUAAUUUGAUGGCAAUUUUUAAAAUUUCUUUGGUGAAAUUCACCUAGGCACUAUCUAUCCUGUUACUGUUGUGAUAGUACCACCCAACCUGCUGUCCAGCAGCCUUCUUUACCAAACUGAUGUGGGAGGUCUCUGGCAUGGUUUUGGAGAACCCUGGGAAUAUUGUCCUGGGUGACUUCAACAUCCAUGCUGAAACUGCUCUCAGUGGUCUGACUCAAGACUUCAUGACCUCAAUGUCAACCACAGAGCUGUCUCAAGAUGUCUUUGACCUGUUACAUAGUGAAGGGUACACGCUCAGUUUGGGUUUUGCCCUUGGUGGCACGUUUGGCGGCCUGGAAAUAAGGUGGGUGGGCAGUUCUGUGACACUUUUUGAUGAAGUUUGGGCUAAUGCUACCAGUUUCCCCCCACAGGAGUGGAGAACCAAUUAAGAUGGUCCAACCCCAGAUACUUAAUGGAAUCUGAUGGAGUUCUUGAUACUCCUUUCUCGAUGCUGGUGAUCCUUCCCAGGCUCUCACUUUGCAGUGGAAUGGCAAGAUGUGGAAUGGCAUUGAUAGAAUUGCUCCUGAGUGCAGUCUCUGGUGCUGCAGAAUGUGUUUGGCCUCCUGGUAUACUGGAGAGCUGCUUGUUAAGAAACAAGCCAGAUGACAUCUGGAGUGUGGGUUGUGGUGAAAAUAGCAAAGAUGUAACAGUGUACUUUGCUGCCUUCAACUUAUCCUCAAGUAAGCAUUCAGUGGAGCUCUUCAGGGUGGUCCACUGGCUGUUGAUAUUUCUAACUUUAGGCAGAACCCUUGGGAGACCCACUGUGAUGAGCACUUUGAGGUCAAAGUCACCCACCUCCAUAGUUAGUUUGAUGCCAUGGUUAUCACAGCUCCGUCAGGUUUCUAAUGUUCCAUCAAGCCUUGUUUUGCGGGAUCAUUUUCAGUUUUUGCAGCCCAGUGACAUGCAAGUUUAUGCCCAGCCACAUUCUCCCUCAAACCUUCAUGGCUGAUUAAAGCUAGCCAAUGUGAAAGGGCAUAACUGGAUGGGUCCAGGGUGUGGUUAAUUGAUCUUUGCAUAAAGAGGUGGUGACUGCCGCCUUGAAGGAGGAAAUGGUGCAGCCUCUCUUGAAAAAAACAACUGAUUAUUUAACAACUCCUACCGCUUAGUCUUAAAUACCCUGUUUUGGGGCACAGUACUCAAGAAAGUAAGGCAGAUAGGGCUUACCAACCUAGGAAGGUAGCCCAUCUAGAAGAAGGAAAACUUUGAUCCUAGACCUCUGCUGCCUUGCAGGAUAUAUUCAAGAGAAGAAAAGGCCAAGGAGUAAACCCUGUGCAAAUCCAGAGUAGAGUCCCUAAGGCAGUUGGAUGUCUCCUUGUAUGCCUUCUUUCAGCAACUCCUGCAGCCAAGCUGCUUUCCUUGGGACCACCUCAGUGAGGCCAAGAGGGCGUCUUGUCGUCUGGACAGCCCAGGACCUCCAUACACACUGCUCAGGCUUGCAACCUGGGGAGGUCACUUUGGUGCUAACACAGCAGUUUGACCUCACCCUCAGAGGCACACUCUGAGACGGAAAGACAUGGCAAUAGAAUUCAGGCAUUCUUGGAGAUUAUGAAUUAUCUAAACCCCUUCCAGUCUGGGUUCAGAUCUGGCUUUAGGAGUGAAUCAGAAAAAGGAUGAGAAGUGUCCCUGCUCUUUCUGCUCAAUCUCUCAUCAGCUUUUGAUACCAUCAGCCUUGGGUAUCGGGGCACUGUUCUGCAGUUCUAUCCUUAUUUCCAGAAGUCAGUAUUGGAUGAGUGUUUCUUGGGCCCCUGGCCCUUGAGCUGUGGGAUGCUGCGGGGCAUUAUGGCAUCUCCGGUGCUAUUUUAAAUAUCUAUUAAGAUGUUGGGAGCAGUCAUUAGGAGUGAGGUGUCAUCAGUAUGCUGAUGGUAGCCAACUCUCUUUCUCUGUAACAUCAGGAGUGGUUAUGAAAGCCAUGGACCAGUGUCUGGAUGCAGUGUUGGGCUUGAUCAGGACUAAUAAGCUCAGCUUGAAUCCUGGCAAGGUGGAAGCUCUGUGAGGGAGCAGUUCCUGGGUCCAGGAAGUUAGUCAGUUGUUUGCCCUGGAUGAGGUUGCACUCUCCCUCAAGGGCAGGUACAUAGUCUGCAGGUACUUUUAGAUCAAGCUCUGUCACUGGAGGUGCAGGUGUCUCUGGUAGCUAGGAGUGCCUCAGAAAUUCUCGCAGAUUCCCUGGGAUGUUGGUCAUUGUUAUCUGGCUUAUUGUCACAUGUGAUCAUGGCCAGUGGCUCUCCAGGAUCUCUCCAUAACUGCUACUUGAUCUGUUUAAUGCCAGGGAUUAUACCUGGGAUCUUCUCUGUGCAAAGCACAUACUGACCUGUGGUCUCCCUCUCUACCCAACACAUCUGAUAAGUUCUGACAAAUGAAGAGUUACCUCGAAUCUGGGUCAUUUUAAACAUAGUUGACAAUAGAUAAAAGAUUACAGAGGAGCACAGUAGCAGAGAGUCGGGUCUAGCUGCUCUUGUACGUGACAAGAGGAUAGUUUGAGCAAAAUAAAUACCUUUUUUUCAAAUUGAUUUCAUCAAGUGUGUGUGCUGUUCUCUUGUGCUUAUCUCUCAUGUAUAUUCUUGGUAAUUGAUCUUAAAUGCAUUAUGCAGUAAUUAUCAUUGAAUGUGUCAGUGAAAUAUUCCUGUGGAUAGUGUGCCACAGAAACAGUUCAGAACGGAAACAAAUGCUGGUAACAUUAUCCUCCACACAACCAGCUCCCUGUAGUGCUGUGCAGGAAUCGAAAGGGUGACAAUCAGCUCCUUAGCAUCAGUCUAGUAAGAGUUUAAUUAGAAACGCCAGCACAUUUUCCCCCUGCAAAGGCUUGGAAAUUAACCUUACCAUACCUCUUCUCCCUCUUUUAAUUUUGGCUAGCUUUUCUCCCCAUCUUCUUCCUCUUUGCUGUUUUCUCUAGGCUUGUGCCUCAGAAUUUGCACAUUAACCACCUUCCAUAUUUAGGUGAUGGGUUUUGUCACUUGUACUCGGAGGCAAAAAGAAUCUCAGUGGGAAGCCUGGCUUGACCACCACCAAUUUUGUUUGUAACUGGUGCAAUUUAUCUGAUUCAGGUGCACUGUGGCCAGGUAUGAAACCUGAGAGUGGUUUAAUUCAGACUCCAUCUCCAAGUCAGCACAGUGUUCUUACCUGCACUACAGGGUUAACCACAAGCCAAUCCAGCCCAGCACAUUAUUCUUAUCCUAUUCAAGGUAAAGGUCAGCAUGGUUAUUUAUCUACAUACCUCUUCCCUGUAACCCGGUCUAGAAACCGCGAAGAGGCCAGCACGUUUUUGUCUUUGUUUUGUGCAUGCUUCUCUGUGCUUUGUGAGUCAUGGUUCCCUCCCUCCCACCUUGCCUUAGCCUUCCCUUUUCACUGAUUUGCCGAGAUCCGCUGUCUGUAACAGGGUAAUUUUACUUUGCCGUGCUUCUGAAACUCUCACAGAGGCAGGAGGGUGACUGUUCGGGAAAGGGAGGAAUGGGUUACAGAAAUCAAAUGCAUGCCACUGUUCAGCAUGUCUGUGUUCGUUUCCCAAUAUCACUGGGCUCAAGCUAUCAGAAUGCAUAGGGGCCUAGCUGUUAAGAGCUAGCAACUAUUACUUUCUUUAUUUUAAAGAUUUGUACCCCGCCUGUUGAUCAAAUGGUCUCUGUGGCAGAUUGCAACAAUUAAGAAAGGAAAUAGCUAUUCAAUAGCUCUUGUUUUCCUAGCUAGUGACAGAGAUCAAUGUGUCCUUUUCCCCCACACUGCUGCAGUCCUGGUAACCUGGCAGUUAGAGUACUUUCUGACAGGGAAGAAUCUCCUACAAGCUGCUUAUUUUGAUACACUUCAGAUCCCUCCUUUAUGGCCUGCUUUGCAGUUACCACAGUAUCUUGUUGCCUCUGAAUUAAACACACUGUAGCUACUGCUGCAAACCACGGUUUACCUCUCAACUAGAAUUGGAAACUCUGUUCCAACCAUGGUUUGCAGGCCAUCUGUUUUAUGUUGGCAUUUAGCUUAUCCAGUUUGGAUGUAACAACAAAUUCUGGAGGGAGGAGGAAGAAGAGAGAGUAUCUGGGCCCAAAGCCCAUUCAUGCUGUAUCUGGCUGACUCAAGUUAAGCCACUUGCUGCUUCCUCAGAUUGUGGUGGGAAUAUGGUUAACGCUCAUUUCACUUACAGAUGAUUAGCUCCCCAUGUUGUUAGAGCUGCUAGACGCAACUGUUUUAACUGUUACACAUGCAGCAAGUGACCUGUUUCCAUCCACAUUUGCAUGUGAUGGUUUAUGCUCCACCCCAAUACUGACCUUGUUCACACGUCACAGUAUUCCGUAUUACCAUGAACUCAUCAAUUUGGGUUUGCUUUGCUCCUCCCUGAAAAUGUUUGGGGGAAACAAACAAUGAUCCCUGGCUUAGUAUUAUGUUCAGACUGGGAAUCAUGGUUUGUUGCAUGCCAAACAGUUCAAUUAGAAUAUAAAUUGGCCACCUCCUUCCUCUUCGGCUGGAAGAGGGCUGCUGGUCUCAAGCUACUAAAGCUAAGAGCCAAUGAACAUGUUAAUGUUAGUUAUAUCUCUGUUCUUUUAAGUAUAGGGUAUUCCCCCCCCCCCAUACACACAGUGUGGGGGCCCUGAUCCAGAUCAGCACCCUAGCAUGGAGUGGGAGAGGAAUUUAUUUUUGUAACCCUUUGCCUUUAUAUAGUCCUGAUCUGGAUUUGGAUUGGUGGGGGUGGGAGAAGCAGGUCCUACACCUGCAGUUUGUAUAAGAAAAAGUGCUUCCAUUCUAGUAAAUGGGAGUAGUUUUUUCCACUGCAAAUUGCAGGCACAGGGCUCCCCCACACCUGUUUGGACUGGGCCCCUCAUACUGGCCAUUUGUGUGCAAAAAGCCUGCAUUUAAACUAAUGUAAAAUGUAGUUUGACCCUAACCAGAUUUUAUAUAAAUGAACAGAAUCAUACUGCCUGUCUACAUUUGAUUUUGAAGUAACGCUUAGUUUUGUAGCACAUUCAAGUAGGUAUAAUAACCUCUGUUUUGUACUCGAAAACAUCUAGUAUUCACCCAGCUGGCCUUGUGUGAAUCCUCAUAUUUCACAGGGUCUUUGUUGGGUUCAUUUAAAAAAACCCAGCAGUGAAGAGUGUGAUCUUAAUGUUCUGGUUACCAGUAUGCAGCUGUCUCCAAAACAAGAAACCAGACCUCGACUCUGGCACAUUGUGUGUACUACGGGUACAUGAAUUUCAAAAACUCACUUUUGGUAUCACUGAGCAGACCUGGGAAGAAAUGCAGACCCAACCGCUUGCCCAUAAGAUGGAAAUGCAGACUGCUGGGAUAGAUUUGGUGUUUUUCAUCUAGAUCUUAUGUCCUUGUGACGCAUAGCGGGCUUAUUGAUGAAAAACAAGCUGUGAACAAUGUCACAUAAGCAAGAUGAGGAGAGCCACAGCCAAGCAGCUGGUAGAUCUGGACUGAAAACAACAGCAUGCUAUCACCCCUAAGUGCACCUUUCUUUUUCUUUUCUUUUUGUCUGUUGCAUUAAGAAUUGUAAGCUGCAAUACAGCACCACUGGAAAAAAACUAGCUUUGAGAGCUUUCUGCUUAUCACACAAACAGUCUACUAUAAAACAAGAGGCACACAAGCUGGAAGGAGCUCGCAGAAGGAUUUCAGAUUCUAAUGUAGCUGAUUUCCUAGAAUUAAGUAACUUUCUAUUGCCUUUGAUGAAGUAGGUCAUUCACUCUGGGGGAUUAAAUUGUUUGCUUCAACUCCAUUAAGAGCAUCUCUAUAUGGCUGCUGCUCAGCUGUGGCAUGUGACAGAGCCCCCUCUCACAUUCAGCUCAUGGCCAGUUUGUUUAAUAUGGAAAUUCUCAUGCAAAGGGACAAUUAUUCAGCCCAGCACCCAGGCUUAAAUACAGCAUAGAGUGAGGCAUGCGUAAACCCCUUGAUUUCAGUCGGCUUCACCAUGCCUAAUGAUGUGUUGUCCUUAGUUUUUAAGAAGAUCAACAAAUUAUUAUUAUUAUUAUUAUUAUUAUUAUUAUUUAUUUCUAGCCAGGAAGCUGCUCUAUGGUACUUCUUUCCACUCCCCGCCCCUUUCCUUUUUUCUUUUCCAGCUGACACAACAUUCUGUGACUAUUGAGUAUUCUCAGUCCUCCUUGGGCUGUUUCUGGUUUUGCUUCUUUUUUAUAAAGACUUGUGUUUCUGUAAACCUCUGAGUUCCCUGGAGCACACUGAUAUCACUUGCAUGUUCUUCAGUAGCCUUAUUUUGGCUCCAAUCCUAUUGGCAAUCACCAUAGUUCUCUAUAGUGAUGAAGAUGAUGAUUGAUUAGGUUGGAUCCAGACGGUGUUAUUCACACAUGGGACCACUUGAAACCAAUAUGUUGGUUAAUUUUUCACACUGGUUUUCCUGAAAGGUAAAUGCAGAUAACUUGGUCUGUUGUUAGUAAUAUUGUGCAGUUGAAGUUAUAGUUUCCCGAUUUUAUGUAUGGAAGGAACAAUCUUUUUCAUGUAGGUUUUUUUUUAAAAAUGUAAAAAAAACUACUACUAUCUUGCAGAAUCUAAAAGCAUUGCUUCCAGAACUGAGGACACUUGCAUCCUGUUUAGCAAAAGGAUGUCUGUGGGGCAGCAUUGUUGGUCAGUCUUUGCAAACUCCACCUUUGAUUAAGGAAAGCACAGUUGACGCUAAGAAUGCCAGCACUGCAGUUUCCCUGCUCCAAUGCCAUUUGGCUUCACUGCUUGCACUUCUAGCAGAUUGACACAUAGCCAUCUGCUUGAUUUUUACAGCUUCAAGUACCAACGCCAACUCAGUUUCCACCACCUCACCUGCUGUCAAUAUUUCAGCAUCAGCAGUAGCCAGCAUCUCUCAACAGGUAUGGUUUCCUCCCAUAGAAAUAAGCCUGCAUCAAACUUAUUUUACUCCAUGCUUUUCGUUUUUGAAUGGUAGAAAGCUUUUUAUUAUUUUUCAGACUGUAUGCUUGAAUGCUAACAGUGCAAUAGUAAGCCAUGUUUACUUGGAAUAAGACUUACUUUGUUUUGUUGUCCCUUUCCCUCUUAUUUUUGAAUAGGAGUAUCCUACGUAUACAAUUCUUGGCCAAAGUCAAUACCAGCCAUAUUACUCAAGUUCAAGCUUUGGAGUUGUAGCACCAGCAGACAGCAGCACAGAGAGUCCCACCUUAGCAACAACCACGUAUCCUUCUGAAAAACCAAAUGCCAUGGUGCCUACUCAGACGGCGCAGAGACAUUCCUCUGGUAAUAUGAUGGGAAAAGGAUACCGAUUUCAGAAUGCCCCUAUAUGCUCAUGCUGCUUGUAUGGAAAUGCUUAUGUCUGUACAUAUUGGGGUGAAGGGGUGGGGGACUCACCUAUACAAUAAGCUGUGUCUUAGUGCACCUUGGUCUGAUUAAUGCACUUUGCUUUUAUCCCUGGGAAAUUAUUUUUUGCUAUUCUAACCAAUUGCCUUCUGCCCCAACCCUCAGUCCCAGAAGGUCUCAACUUCCACUUUACUUUUUAAUUAUUUGCAGAUCACACCUUUCCCCCAAGGUAUACAAGGUGGCAUACAUAUUCUUCAUACAAUUAUAGAAUUGUAGAGAUGGAAAGGACCCCAAGGGUCAUCUAGUCCAACCCCCUGCAGUGCAUCUAGUCCAGAUUCCUGCUUCACACAGUGGUCAGCCAGGCAUCCAUGGAAAGCCCAUAAGCAGAGCAUAAGGGCAAAUCACUAUUCUGCUUGUGGAACCCAGGAACUGGUAAUUCAGAAGCAUGCAGCUUCUGAUUCUGGGGGUAGCAUAUAGACACCAUGACUUGUAGGCAUUGGUCACCUUCUCCACAAAUUCAUCUAAUCCCCCUUUAAAGCCGUCCAAGUGAGUGGCUGUCCGCACAUCUUACGCCAGUGAAUUCCAUCAAGUAGCCAAUGAAUUGCCAUCCAGAUGUGCCAGAGACACACAGAAUUGCUCCCUAAUAAAGGGGGACCCAGAGUAUGAAUUAAAUCUUAUGCUAAAGGCCUACACAGAUUGAAACCCAGAUACUUGAAGGAAUACCUAUCUCACCUCAACCUGCCUGAACACUUAGGCCACCUUCAAAGUUUUGGAAAAUGCCCUGGGGUGCCCCUGCAGCCCCCGAACUCUGAUCUUCCUCCGGUAUGUGCAGCUCUGGAAAAUGCAUUUCCCUUCUUACUCCAGUGCACUUCAGCAACAUAUAUUAAAUGAUAUAUGCACACACUAAUCUUCUAGCAUAACACAGCAAGAAGCGUGAGACAUCGUAGAGCUAAUCUACAUACUUAUUUACACACUAUGUACAGUGGUGCCUCGGGUUAAGUACUUAAUUUGUUCCAGAGGUCCGUUCUUAACCUGAAACUGUUCUUAACCUGAGGUACCACUUUCGCUAAUGGGGCCUCCCGCUGCCGCCGGAGCAUGAUUUCUGUUCUCAUCCUGUAGCAAAGUUCUUAACCCGAGGUACUAUUUCUGGGUUAGCGGAGUCUGUAACCUGAAGCGUAUGUAACCUGAAGCGUCUGUAACCCGAGGUACCACUGUACACACAAAGGAUUCAUGGCGUCUUCUCUCUCCAGCUCCAAGAGAAGAACAGACAGAAGUAAAAGCAAAAGUACAGUACACAGUACAUACAGUGGAAGAGAUAAGACUGUCUUCCAUUCCCACACUCUUCCCAGACAGGCAUGUGAUUUACACCAAUCUCUUCUGCAGCAUCGGAGGUGUGAAAUACUAACACAAAGACCCUCUUCUAGCUGGUUUCUCCACCAUUUGAAAUGUGGUGGGUGGGGAGAGAUUCACAUUUGGGAUACUGGUCUGGUGCCUACUGUGAUUUUUUAAAACUCAUUUAUGUUUUGUACCACCUACAAAUGUUUCUCACUCCCAGGUGUGUUAUACUGCUGCCUCCUUUGUUGUUUUGGGUGCCAUGUUUAUUACUCUGCAUUUUGUUCUAUUCUUUGUGUUAUACCAGCUGCUGUAGAAAUGCAAUGUAUUGAGGGUUGGUAUAUUGAGGCAUAAAAUAACGAGUCUGUGCUGUCCCUUUUUUCCAGGAGACCCAUCUACAAGUCCAUCGUUGCUGAGAGCGACAGCUAGUAAAGAUGUAGAGGACCAGUCCAGGAAAAGCGUGACUGGGAAAAACAGGGGGAAGAGGAAAGCAGACGCUUCUUCACCACAGGACAACGAGCUUGAAGUUAGUCUCCAGCUAUUAUCACACAUCUCUCUCUCUCUCUCUCUCUCUCUCUCUCUCUCUCUCUCUCCCCUCUCUCUCUCUCCAAAGCUUUAACAGUGUGUUUGGUAUUGUAGAUCAGAUCAAACUUCUGUGUUUCUAGUCCAUAGAGCAUUGCAAAGCAAUGUUUAACAAUAUAAAAGUAAGACAGAAUAGAUUAGUUGGACACAACUAAACUACAACAUAAACAAACUUAGAAUGCUGAAAUGGCAAACCACACCUUGCCCCUUUAAAAAGAAGUGAUUCUUACUCUAACAAAUACUGAAAUGGCUAAAAUGAAAUAAAAUAGAAGUUGUACAAAUGUGAAUGGAAGUAGGUAAAACUAAAUUACUGCCAAUACAAAAUGUGUGGUUUUAUCUUGUCUGCUUAGUAAGUAACUUAUAGACUCAUCCCACUUCAAAAUGGUAGCACUAGAAGGACUUGGAAGUCAUCUGUGGUGAUGAAAGAAACCUCCCAGUAAAGGUACCCUGCUGACCAGGCAAAGGCAUAGGGCAGGCGUCUACCUUUUAGCCAAUUGAAAGGCGGCAUUCUGCCUGCCAAUCAGAGGAGCUGCUGUUGCCCACACGUUACCUUCUGCAACUGAAAAGAGCUUUGUAACUUGGUCACACCCCAGCUCACAGUGGUUUACUAUGGUAGGCCUCAGCCUCUGACUUCAAGCCCCAGAGUCUUUGACAGUGUCUCUUAAUAAACAUAUUUAUACAUUCAUGAUGCAGUGUCAUCGAUCAUCAUUCCUGCACAGAAGAUGCAAAACCCUCCUAGGGACAUAAGAAAAGCCCUGUUGAUUCGGAUCAAAGGCCUGUCUAGUUCCGAAUCCUGUUCUCUCAAAGGCCAACCAUUUGCCCCCAAGUAGGACAUGAGCACAAUAGCCCUCUCCAACAAGUCUUCCCCAGCUACUAGUAUUCAGAGCCAUGCUAUCUCCGAAACUGGAUGUAAUACAUAGCCAUCAUGACUAGUAGCCUUAUUCUUCCUGACUUUGUCCAAUCCCAUUUUAAAGGUGUCCAAGGUGGUAGCAAAUAUUUUACCUUGUGGCAAGUAAGUCCAUAGUGUAUGUGUUGUGUGAAGGACUUCCUUUUGACUCUGCUGAACCUCCUAUUGUAGAGCAUCAUUGGGUGAUCUUCCCUCGGCUGCAUUUAAGAUUUUUUCAAAAGCAGACUUAAUCUAUGGUGUCCUCUGUGGUGUAGUGGUUAAGAGCGGUAGUCUCGUAAUCUGGGAAACCGGGUUCGCGUCUCCGCUCCUCCACAUGCAGCUGCUGGGUGACCUUGGGCCAGUCACACUUAUUUGAAGUCUCUCAGCCCCACUCACCUCACAGAAUGUUUGUUGUGGGGAGGAAGGGAAAGGAGAAUGUUAGCCACCUUGAGACUCCUUAAAGGGAGUGAAAGGCGGGAUAUCAGAUCCAAACUCUUCUUCUUCUUUUUCUUCUUCUUCUUCUUCUUCUUCUUCUUCUUCUUCUUCUUCUUCUCUUUAAGCUUCUAAAAUUGGGGGGGGGCACUUUCUAGGCAGUUGAACAAAAGCAAGCUAACCUCUGCUGUUUGUCCUUUCUUCUUCAGCGAGUGUUCCUAUGGGACUUGGAUGAGACCAUCAUAAUAUUUCAUUCUCUUCUAACAGGAUCAUAUGCCCAGAAAUACGGGAAGGUAACUAGUGUUUUUGCUUUUACUGCAAAACUUCUGAAUUGUUUGAUCUUUGCUCUAACCUAAUAAAUACUAAUUGAAAAUCUAGUAAGUGUGCACUCUAGUAGCAGUGAAUCAGGGAUAGUGCUCAGAAGGAAAUAUGAGAAACUUUUUAUCUGGCCCUGUUACAGAGAUGGAAUGUCCUUAGAUCCAUACUCUCAUUCUCUCUCCUUUUUGGUGGUUUCCUUGCUUCAGACCUGGUCUUACUCCUAGGUAAGCCUAUGGCUGCAGUCCCAUAGACCUGGGAGUAAGUCCCAUUGAACUCGCUGGGAUUUACUUCUGACAUGCAUAAGAGUGCACUGUAGGGUAUCUUUCAUUGAGUGACAGCUCUACAUACAAGGUGUGACUGGAAAGUUCAUGAAUGGUCACAGAAAUCAGACAGCGAAAAAUAUUCGAACAUACAUACCUUACAGGCCUUCAGAGUAGGCCCCCUCUGAUACAAUGCACCGUUGACAACGUUCGUAGAACUGUUGGAAACUCCUGGAGAAGUCCUCUUUUUGUACUGCUUUCAGUUCCCUCGUCACAGCAACUUGGACGUGUGAAAUGUUGGAAAAUCUGCACCAUUGCAGUGCAGAUUUCAGUUUUGGGAAAAGAAAGAAAUCCGGUGGGGCCAGAUCGGGAGAAUAUGGAGGGUGGUACACCUCAGUAAUGAUUUCAUGCUGAAUAUGCAAUUCUUCCGCCAUCAUUCAGAUGGAUAAACGCUGAUCCUGCAUCAAGAACUCUGUUGACAUUGCUGCUGUUCUGCUCGUCGAUGGUCUGCCAGACUGAGAGUCAUCUUUGAUGGCUUGCCACCUUUCAUGAAAACACUUAAACCACUUAUACACUGUCUUUUGAGUUACAGCUUCAUCUCCGUACACAAUUGUGAGCAUUUUGUGGGUUUCCGAUGCCGAUUGUAUGUUCAAAUAUUUCUCGCUUUCCGAUUUCUGUGACCAUUCACCGAACUUUCCGGUCACACCUUGUAGAAUGAGCUUCAUGUUCUAAAAUAUCCCAUUUUACUUCAAUGCAGUUUAAUACUGGCCUCUUCCUCUUUUCCAUUCUAUUUUCCAUUCUAACUUCUAGGAUCCAACUCUAGUGAUUAGCUCUGGUUUGACCAUGGAAGAAAUGAUUUUUGAAGUUGCCGACACACACUUAUUUUUCAAUGACUUAGAGGUAUGUGUUCUCUUCCAAAUUCCAGUUUUAAUGCAUGCCCUCCUGUUAGCUAUUCUGGCUAGGGCUGCUGGAAGUUGAAGUCUAGCAGCAUUAGGAGAGUGGCAAGUUUCCUACUCACGGGGCAGACAGUAACUGGGCUGGAUGGACACAUAGUCUGACUUAGAAUCACAGAAUUGUAGAGUUGGAAGGGACCCCAAGGGCCAUCUAGUCCAACCCCUUGCAACUUGGUAUAAGGGAGCUUCCUAAACUUAAUUUUCUCUCAAUGCAGGAGUGUGACCAAGUUCACGUGGAAGACGUUGCAUCAGAUGACAAUGGGCAAGAUUUAAGGUGAUACAUUUGUAUUGGUUGCUUCCAAGGUCUAAAAUGUGGCAACAGAAAGGGCCCCUUACAGUGUUUUUAUGGGACUUUCAAACAGGUGACGUUUUGUCCACCCUACCUAGGAAGCAGUCACAAUGACUUCCUGCCCCCCCCUUCCUCCUCCUCCUCCACCUGCAACCUGAGAUUUUUUUUAAACUGGAGGCACCAAGUAUUAGAACUGGAACUGCAUGCAUAACAUCUGCUCUACCACUGUGCUGCUGUCUCUCCUUUAUAGACCUCUCGAAUAGGGGCAUUUUUGAAGCAGCUCAAGAAACAAUACUUGCUAACAGAGAUUCCAGGGUAACUUGUCCAUGAAGAACCCCAUAUUUCCCCCAGCUGUCGGGACUUAAGAUUCAAGAGGAAACUGAGCCCAAGAUACAGUGGUACCUUGGGUUACAGACACUUCAGGUUACAGACUCCGCUAACCCAGAAAUAGUACCUCGGGUUAAGAACUUUGCUUCAGGAUGAGAACAGAAAUUACGCACUGGCGGCGCAGUGGCAGCGGGAGGCCCCAUUAGCUAAAGUGUUGCUUUAGGUUAAGAACAGUUUCAGGUUAAGAACGGACCUCCGGAACGAAUUAAGUUCUUAACCAGAGGUACCACUGUAUUUUUUUUUAUUUCAUUUUAUUUAUUAAAUUUGUAUACCGCCCUAUGCCUGUAGAUCUCAGGGCGGACCUGCCCUGAUCUGGUGAUAAUGAUAAGGUGAUCAGACCCUCAGUACACAAAGUCUAAUUAGAACUGGUAUUCAGGUUUCUGAGCAGCAGAUCAGCAGGGAAUGGAGCUGAGUAUUUUCAUGUGCAGGGAGAUCUGCUGUGGGUUAUGCAAGAGGACUUGAGUCAUCCAUCUAACAAUGAUCCGGGUAGAAGUUGCCAGUAGGUGUAAUACAAAUACAUUUUCUGUCUCAGCAACUACAAUUUUUCCACGGAUGGCUUCAGUGGCUCAGGAAACAACGCCAAUCAUGGUUCAGCAGGAGUCCAGGGUGGAGUGGAUUGGAUGAGGAAGCUGGCUUUCCGCUACCGGAAGGUGCGCGAGGUCUAUGACAAAUACAAAAGCAACGUAGUAGGUGAGUGUGAGCAGCGUCCAUGUUCCUGCUGCAACCUGAGGGUAUAGGCACUAGGCUACAGGGGUAGAUUUCUUCUGACGUUAUUAAGCUCUUUUGUGUUGGAGAGGUGGGGCUACAAUCAGCCAACCAACCCUGAAAAUUGGAGUGGGCAGUUUCAUUUUUCUGUCUUUUAAGACCAUGCCAGCAUUGUAGUAACUGGGUUGGUUCACAUGUAAUGCCAAGGGGGGUUUACUGUUAUGAGGAAAAGUUGCACUGAGCCUGGGACUUGCAUUCCACUACUCCAGGGCUUCUGUUUUUUAAAUGCAAUUUAUUAAUUUUAUAAUAACAAAAAAAAUCAUAAACAAAAUUUCAAACCAAAAGUUUUAGCUCAUCUGUAUAUACAAACCAUAACAUCACCAUACUCUUGACUUCCCUCCACUCCCUCUCUUGGUUCCAUUGUUUUGUGCUUAUUCAUACAUAUCCAUAAAUCCUUAUAUUCUGAACAGUCCAAUUUUAAAGCCUUAUUCAUCUUAUUGCAAGUGACUUUUAAAAGUUCAACUAAUGUAGAAAUCUAUACACAAAGCUUUAAAAAAAAAUGCAUUAAACAUUUCCCUUUUUUUCAAAACUCAAAGUUCUCUUUCUUUCUUGGGUUUCAAAUUAUCCAAUUUGUCCUGCAUAGUUCACUAAGUUACUUUACCAAUCUUCUUUAUCUUCUUUGGCGGUGGCUUCUUCCUUCUUUGGGGGUGGGCUGAUACUGGCCUGACAUCCACUCUCAAAUACAGGGGCAAAGUCUUUCGCUCUAUAAGUACGUCAAGUCCUGUGCAUCUCAACGUUAUAGCUUCAGGGUUUUUUUUAACAAAAAUCAUUUUCAAAUUCUCUUCAAGUCUUUAUAUGUCAUUUCCCAGGCCUUUUAAAUAAUUUUACAUUGGCACCAUGUAUAGUAGCCUCUCGUAGCUUUUGCAGGGCUUCUGUUUUUGAUUAACCACAGUUUAGUAUAUCAUCCAAACACUAAACUCUGAAUGAUUAAUUUUAUCUAUGGUUUGCUAAACAUGAUAUGGCCCUUAAAAAUAUGGUUUGAAGUAGGCUUCUUUCAACAAACAGUAGUUAAAAGUAACCUCAGUUUGUUAAGUUUGGACAACAUAGGAUGCUGUGAUUAAUCUAAAACGGAAAGAUUCUAGAUUUCUUAUAGCCAUGCACAUGGGGGCCCGAGGCUUGCAGCAGCUCAUCCUCAUAAUGCUAAACUGGCUUAGCAUUUUGUCCAAACUGGAUAAACUGGAUUGUCUUAACAGUUUGACAUCUGAAUUGUCUGGAAUUGAAAGACAUAUUGAAGGCAAAAGAGAUAGCUAAUCCAUGUCUGUGAAAUCCCCCGUUUUAUAAAAUAAGUACCUAUUCCCACAUUGAUGAAAUGCCUGAAGAGGUAUUUUCUUAAAACAGAUUACUCAGAGAUCUUUCGCCUUUUUACAAUAGGUUAUUUAUCACUGUAUUUUAGCAUAAAUGUAUCUGUGAGGGGCCAAUUCAAAAAUGAGUUCCAUUAGUGGAGAGCAAGAUUGUUUUUGUUCAAUGUGGAAUGUUUUAUAUGUAACCAUUUGCAAACCAUCUUGAGCGCAGAAAAGUAACCUAUAAAUUCCAAAAUGAAUAAAUGUUGAAGAUGUUUCACUUGACAUUUUCAUAAUGUCAUUUCUGUACUGAAACACUUCCAAAUGAAGUGAAUCCAGAAAUCACAAAGUUGGGCCCUUGCUCUGAUUGCACCAAUAACAUAGGGUUGUAUCCAAUGUGAGUCAUACUCAGAUCUAUUUAAAUUAAUGGCUAACUUAGGUCCAUUAAUUUCAGUGGGUCUUCUCUGAGCAGAACUUAGUUUGGAUACAACCCAUUACUAGAUAUACUUAUGUUUCUGCUUUCUGACAAUUAUAAUUUGUGUGCAUUCUGCAGCCCUUCUCAGCCCAGAAAAGAAGGAGGCUUUGCAGAGAUUAAGGGAAGACAUAGAAAUGUUAACAGAUUCCUGGUUGGGAACAGCGUUAAAGUCCCUGCUGCUCAUCCAGUCAAGGUAUGGAGAUAAGUGUCUGCUCUGCCAGCUGCCGUAUUUACAGCUCUAGUGCAAUGUGGUGCUUGCUAUGCACUUUUUUCCAGUGAUGUGUCUCAUACACUAUAGGGUAGAAAUAUAGGGUCUGAAUUGUAAUGCAACUACAAUGUUUUAAUGGAGAUCCUUGUGCCUUAGUACCCAAACAAAUGGCUGCAUUGCCUUUCAUCCAGUCAAAGACGUAAAGGCCAGGGGAGGUGGGCAAGAGAAAUGGGAUAAUUUGCAUCUCAUUAAAAUGUACAGGAAAUAUGCAUUUGUCAGAUUAUUAUUUUUAUUGAUCAUAGUACAUGCUACAUGCACACAAUAUUAUAUUACACCGUUCUGCCUGGACACUGAAGUCCAGUGCCGAGGGCCUUCUGGUGGUUCCCUCGCUGCGAGAAGCCAAGUUACAGGGAACCAGGCAGAGGGCCUUCUUGGUAGUGGCACCCGCCCUGUGGAACGCCCUCCCACCAGAUGUCAAAGAGAAAAAUAACUACCAAACUUUUAGAAGACAUCUGAAGGCAGCCCUGUUUAGGGAAGCUUUUAAUGUUUAAUAGGUUAUUGUAUUUUAGUGUUUUGUUGGAAGCCGCCCAGUGUGGCUAGGGAAACCCAGCCAGAUGGGCAGGGUAUAAAUAAUAAAUUAUUAUAAUAUUAUUAUUACAUGCAGAAGCAGCUCACUGGGUAGAACGGUGUCACUACACUUGCUUGCCCCGUCAUCAGAAGCAAAGGAGGGCAAUUUCAGUUGUGUGCCCUGCUUAUGUAGGUCCCUUCCCAAGGAGGCUCAGCCGCUGUCUUCUUUUGUUACCCUAUAAAUCCUGUGUGUUGUACAGCCAGGCACUUUUUAGAUAUGCUGUUUGAUUGAGAUUGAACUCUGCAUUCUUUUCUUCUGCUGUAGUUUGAAUGUGUUCACUUUUUUAUUGAAUUUUUACGUGGCACUACCCUGAAAUCAAGUGAAACAGACUGGUAUAUAAAAAUUUAAAAGAAAUACACCACACACACAUGCACACACAUAUUUAGAUUUAGCGAGAUAGAGAGACGCACAUCUAGAUAUACCCAGUGCUUUUUUUCUGGAAAAAUAGGUGCCGGUUCUCACCUAGGAAGUUGUUACAGUAAGUACUACACUUUUUAACAGCAACAAAAGAGGUCUGCAUGCCCCUAAGUACCCCCUGAAAAAAAGCACUGGAUAUACGUACCCAUCUAGAUAUUAAACAUGAUUUUAUCUCUGCCUUUUUAUGUGCUUAAUUUAAUUGUUUCGAAUGGAUCUGUAGUGCAUUAUCAGGCAAACUCUUUGCAAUUAAUUUGCUGCUUCAUAAUAUCACCAUUUGAAUAACUGGAAGCCAAGACCACCCUUAAUACUGAACCAUUGCAAAUGUCAGCCCCGGAGAGCAAGGGUCGCUUGAAAUAUGGAUGAGAGGUACAAAGAAUAACAAAUACUGUAAUGCAUAAAAGGGGAGGAUCCAGUCUUGAGUUUCAUGUCAUUUCUUGUUCCUUCCAUUAGUGCUUGCAAAUAUGAGGCUGGCAGCAUCCCACCUUUGUUUCAACUUUGCAUAAGCAAGCUCCUCCCCCUGACCCAUUUCUCUUGCCACCUUCUAGAAAGAAUUGUGUGAAUGUUCUGAUAACGACUACUCAGCUGGUGCCGGCUUUGGCCAAAGUUCUGCUGUAUGGAUUAGGUGACGUGUUCCCAAUUGAAAAUAUUUAUAGCGCAACAAAAAUAGGUAGGUGGUGACAUCAAAUUCCAACUCUCUUUGGCAGUUGUCUUGGGUGGCGGUAGGGAGUUGGGUGGCGGUAGGGAGUUGGCCCUCUUGUACAACCUCCCCUGGAAAGAGGGGGAAACUUCAGUGCAUCAAAGCAACCCCUACUUUCUGCAUGACUCCUUAAAAGACCUUUGUUGGCUCAAAGCCAUUUGGAGCAAAGCUGUGCUCUCAGAUACAGUCAUACCUCGGGUUGAAGUUGCUUCAGGUUGAGCGUUUUCGGGUUGCGCUCCACGGCAACCUGGAAGUAAUGGAACGUGUUACUUCUGGGUUUUGCCACUCGCGCAUGCGCAGACGGUCAAAAUGAUGUCGUGCACAGAAGCGGCAAAUCGCAACCCCACAGGCGCAGACACGGGUUUCGUUCGCUUCAGGAUGCGAACGGGGCUCCAGAACGGAUCCCGUUUGUAUCCAGAGGUACCACUGUACUGUUGCAGUCUCUAUACUGGGUGGAUAAACUGGGCUUUAGCACUCCUAUUGGCUACAUAAUUUUAUUUAUUUAUUACUAUUUAUUUCUUAAACAAGUUCUCUAAGUGUCUUACAAUGUUGAUCAAUUUGCAAAGGUCAUUAGUAGUAGUAGUAGUUUUGGCAUUUUUAUCCUGCCCUUCCACCAAACAGGGCUUCCAGAAUGGCUUACAAAAAUCAGUGAGAAGACAGCCCCUGCCCCAGUUCACUAAGAGACACGAUGCAACAAGAAAAAGAACUGGGAGGGAAUAGGAAAAAAGCAAGCUCAGGCAUUCUAAAUUACAGAGAUCUUGUAGUGAACAGCAGGAAUGGAAACAAUUUGGAGAAGAGCCAAAGGUUGCUGAGCUGUUGGAGAGGCCCUGCAGGCAAGGUUCAGGGUUCAAGGGAAGAGCGAGCCCUGCCAUGGUGCUGGGGCCCAGACAGCUGCCCACAGGUACCACAUACUGACGCCAGCCCCAGUGGGGCCUGUACCUUUCCUUUGACCAUAAGCAACAGUGUGUUUGUAAUCUCUUGACAGGUAAAGAGAGCUGUUUUGAAAGAAUUAUCUCUCGGUUUGGGAAGAAGGUGACAUAUGUGGUGAUUGGAGAUGGGCGUGAUGAAGAGAUGGCAGCCAAACAGGUGACCGUUGACUACGUUUGUCUUGCAGCACCCUUCCUGAGAAGAGCAGGCUCCCUUUUUGCACCCCAAUAAUAAUCCAUUGCCUCCCUUCCUUCUGCAGGCACUGCCAAAUGGCUGGAGCCUGUUUGCCUUAGAGACAGCACAGCCAUAGCAUCCUUGGGUGUCCUUUGCCCCCUUUUUUGUUGCGUAUAUUUCAUUUCUCAGUGUGUUGGAGCUUGCCUGGGGUGUCUGUGGAUGACCCAGGAUAUUCAAAUGGAGAUCUUCAGAAGGCGGGAGGGUGGCUCCACAGAUAAGAAUAAGAAUAACAAUAACAAUUACAAUUAAUAUUAUUUAUUUAUUUAUUUAUACAUACAUACAUACCCUGCCCAUCUGGCUGGGUUUCCCCAGCCACUCUGGGCGGCUCCCAACAGAAUAUUAAAAACAGGAUAAAACAUCAAGCAUUAAAAACUUCCCUAAACAGGGCUGCCUUCAGAUGUCUUCUAAAAGUCAGAUACAGUGGUGCCUCGCAAGACGAAAUUAAUUCGUUCUGCGAGUUUUUUCGUCUUGCAAAUUUUUCGUCUUGCGAAGCACGGUUUCCCAAAGUCUUCAAAAUCACCAAAGUCUUCAAAAACCUCAAAAAAGGCUACCACACCGCGUGCUAUGAGUUGCUCCUCGAAGUCACCCUGGGAAUUAACGGUUUUAAGAAAAAGGAAACAAACUUGCAAGACGUUUUCGUUUUUCGUCCUGCGAAGCAAGCCCAUAGGGAAAUCAAAAAACGAAAAACUCUUUUGUCUUGCGAGGCAUUCGUCUUGCGAGGUACCACUGUAGUUGUUUAUCUCUUUGACAUCUGACGGGAGGGUGUUCUACAGGGCAGGCACCACUACCGAGAAGGCCCUCUGCCUGGUUCCCUGCAACCCCACUUCUCGCAGUGAGGGAACCGCCAGAAGGCCCUCGGAGCUGGACCUCAGUGUCAAAGGGGAUUUUGAACAUGCUCCCAGGGAAAGCCUCACCCUCACUAGGUAGGGUGGCCUAGCUGUACUUUAGCGACUGCUGUCAACUGCGUGCUUCUGCUUCUGAAAAUAUUGGCUGGUUGCCUGUGAACCUUUCCUGACUCUUUUUUCAUUUCCUCACGGGUGAGGCCUGCGUUCACUCAUCUCCUGCAGAGUACUGACUUCCAUUCCCGCUGCACAAGUUGCUUAUGUGCUUGUUUUUUAACACCCCUCUACCUCUUUUGUUUUGCAGCACAACAUGCCCUUCUGGAGAAUCACAAAUCACGCCGAUCUGGUGUCGCUCCACCAGGCCCUCGAACUGGACUUUCUGUGA